UUAAAUUAUUAAAUAAUAUGCUAUUUUUAUUAGGAAAUUUGACAAUUAUUUGAUUUUGAUAAGUAUCUUUAUAAUAUUACUAAAUAUUUUAAAGUAUCUCAUAGUUCUUAAUAUUCAAUAUUCACUUAAAUGGUUUAUUAUGAUACAGUUUAUAAACAUAUUUUCUUUGGAAUUGGACAAAUGUGUUCAUUUUCAUCAUGAAUUUAAAAAAUGAAACUGUUUAUAAGUCUUGUAGAUUUUGGUCAAAAAAGAAGUAAGUUUUAUUAAUAAAUAUAAAAGCAUUAAAAUAAUUUAUUUUUAUUUUACAAUUAUAUUUUUUCGACUCUAUAGUAUUUUGUGUACAGGUUGCAUGAUUCGACCAGUAUGAAGGUUCGACUAAAAGCCAGUAAAACUAUUUGGCCUGUUCCUCAGAUAGAACAAGUUUUUUUGCCAGAUUUUAAAAUAAAACCACAAAUAAAUGAAAAUUUGUUUAUGGUAAGCAAGAAAUUAAAUAUUUAAUAUAUCUUUAUUAUAAUUUAGCCAUGUGCAAUGUUUUUGAAUGAUUUUAUAAUUUAAAAAAUAAUGUAACCCAAAAAAUGUAUUUUCAGAAUUUAGAAUUAAUUAGUCAAGGUGCAUUUGGGAAAGUUUACAAAGUUAAACAAUUAAAUUCUGAUGACAAAUUUUACGCUAUGAAAAUUUUGAAUAAAUCAUUGGUAACUAUAUUAUAAUUGAUUUUUUAUUAAACUUUAUUAAUUAUAAUGUACAAAGAAUUAUUAAAGUCUACGACAAUUGAUUUAUAAAAAUAAAUAGUGUAUAUAAAUUAAAAAACUAGAUUUUUAUUUACUAUUUUUACUAAAAUCCAAUUAAUUUUUCUAUUCAGGAAACUUUUUAUUGAAAUAUAUUUAUUAGCUAUCUUAAACUGACAUUAAAAUGGAUCUUUAUCUGCAUCUCCUUUAGUUUGAUGAAUUUUUAUAUAGGUAAUAAUUAUGGGAAUCAUUUUCAAUCAAUAUUAGAACAAAAUAGAUUUGAUUAUAAUUUUUUAAAUAUAGUAUAUUAAUUGUUUUAAGUUGGGGUUACAAAAAUAUUUAAUUAUAAUUUGUACUUAAUCUAUAAUUUUUCUUAUUUGUUUAUAUUUAAACAAAAUAAUAGGUUAUAAAUGAGAAUGGAAUACAGCAGGUUAAGAAUGAAGUGCAGAUUCAAUCUAUGUGUGGUCAUCAUCCAUUUAUUGUGAAUUGUCCUCAUUUUUGGCAAAAUAGAAAUCAAUUAUUUAUUUGUAAGUAUCGGAAUUGAACUUUUUGAUUUUUAAUUUAUAGCUAUUUUUGAUUUUAACAUAAACUAUACUAUGUCAGCUUAGAAUCAGAGAAACGUAUCAACCAAUUGCAACAUUUUCAGCAGAUGCAAAAAUAAAUUGAAAACUAAAUAUCUGAAUUGAAUUUGCUAUUAAAAAUAAACAAAAAUAAUUUAAAUUGUCUAAUAUGCGUUAAAAUAAUCCAUUUUUGUUCGAUACGCAACUUUGGUUUUAAGCCAUCAGCUUGUUAUAAGUAACUAUAUUUGGAAACAUAAAUAUAUGAUUUAUGUCAUUUUCAGUAAGUGACUAUGUUGGAGGAGGUGAACUAUUAGAACUUAUACACAAACACGGACCUCUACCAGAAGAAUUAUGCCGUGUAUAUUUUGCUGAAUUAGUUAUUAUUAUAGGUAUAUAUCACAAAAAUUGGUUUGUAUGUAUUAUUUUAUUAUAAGUAAAUCGUCAAUGAAAAUUAUAAUAAAAUUGAACUUUAUAAUGACAAGCUAAUACCGUAAGAGGACUCUAAUAUACCAGUAUAUACUAUCUCUGUCUUAAAAACAUAUGCCAUUGCAAAUUUGUGUUUAUGUAUAACAGCUUUGUGCUGUUAAUUUUAAUAUUAAAGUAAAUUGAUCUAUUAUUAUUUUACAAUUUAAAGAUAAGAACAUUAUCUACACAAUGUUGGUGCUAUUUGUUUGAUAUUUUAGUUUUUAAUAGAGAUACGAGUUUGUAAAAUAUCUCAAUUUUAUAAUGCUUGUAUGUCACUUUAAAAUUAAAAUAUCGAAAAAAAAAAGUCAUUAACGCUGCACAAAUAAUUUUCUUAUCUUUAAAUUUCAUAUUAGGUUCACUUUAAUAUUUAAAACUAACAGUAUAAAUUGUUCUGCAUGAAAGCAAAUUUUCUAUGCCGUACAUUAGUAAGAUGGUGGUAGCACAAGCCAAUAUAGUGUCUUGACAAUAAAUGUGUUUUUUGAUACGAAUAUAAUUGUUAAUGCUUUGUUAAGUUACAUAUUUUGACCACUUGUCAAUUAAUGAAAAUCAUAUUUUUAUAUUAUAACUGGUAUACAAUUAUAAAAUUAAUAUAUUGCACUAUAUUUGUGUGUUUUACUGGAUAUCAAUGUGUUAUCGACAAAGCAUUUGAUCAGCAUAAUCAAGCAGGAUUUGUUAAAACUAUAAAAUGGUACAAUUUUAAAAAUAUGAUCAUGGAAUCUAUUUGUACUUGUACAAAAUAAGAAAUUUCAUGUAAUAAUUAGUAAAAUAAUAUAGGUAAUGUAUAAAAUAACCUAUCUGUAGUAUAAUUUAUGAUGUUUUAGAUUAGAAGAACAAUGAGUUAUUAUAUAGUUUGCAGUAUGAUUUUUUUUUUUUAACAAUGAAAAUAUUCUACUGGCUUUUUGUAUAAAGAAUUAAAUAUUAAUAGUAAAGCGGUAAUUUUUCAAAUUCAUAAUGACAUUUUUGAAAAACAAGAAUUGAAAAAAAAUUUGGGAUAAAUCAAGGAAGUAUAUUAUGCAUUUUUAUUUUGAUCUUUACUCCAAAUUAUAUUUCUAAUGUAAUAAUUUUUAUUUUUAUUUUCAAUAUUUAGAACACUGCUCGAAAACAAUGCUUUGUCGGUAAUACAUGUGUAGUAAUGUAAUGAGCAUAAGUAAUUUGGCUCAUCACACUCUGAAAAAUGGCUUAUUAGAGUUUGUUUCAAUAGCACUCCCGCCAUGAUUAGAAGAAAAAGAAAAAAAAGGAAUUUAUUCAUUGAUUAUGUUAUAAUAUUGUUAAAUGUAAUUUAACACAAUGAUAAUUAUAAAAUAUUAUUUAUACUGCCUACAGAAAGGUCAAUUCAUAGUUGACAUAACCUUUUUCAUUUUUGAACAAUAACACCACAGAGUAGAUAAUCCCUCAUAAUUUGAGCAGAUGAUUUUUUUUAUUUUUUGUAAUAAGAAGUUAAGACAUGUGCAUAUUUUAUAAUGUAAUUAUUUUAAUUUUAUAUUCUAUAUUUAUUAAUAAGUUAAAAUUUAUUAGUUAAGAAUUUUAAAAACGUGUAUAGACUUCUAUUAUUAUUAUUAUUCAUUAUUCUUAUAUAAUCAAAUAUCUAUAAGUUGUGCUGUCUCUUUUAACUUUUUGUCAAUUGUGAAAUAUUUUGUAAAGGCGUCAGUUUUUAUGGUUUCUUAUGGUCUAUGGGUUUUAUAUUGUUAGCUGAAUUCUGCACAUUAAUUCUGAAAACACAAAUUAUAAAGUUUGACAAAAUUUUAUUUAAAUUAUUUUACUUUUAUGAGUAUAGAAAUAAACUAUUGUUUUAUGCAUUUAUAAGCAGUAUAAUAUAUAUCAUCAUAUGGCAUAAGUUUGGACUGUGAUGAGACUUCGGACAUAUAGGGUUUUUUCAAUAGUUAAGUUUAUAACUCAUAGAAAUAGAUAUAUCUUUAUUUUGUUGAUUUUUCAAUACAUUUAUUUACAUGUGCUCAAAUAUUUAUCCUUUAUAAUAAGUUUGAUAAAUUAGGAAGUAAUAUAUAAUCUUUAAAUGAAAUCUUAUGUUUUAAUUCAAAGAAAAAAAGUAUUUGCGAUAAAAUGUGUCUCGCAGUUAAUUAUAACGUGGAUAGCAAUUGAAUGUUUAUAUAAUUUUAUUCCGUAUCGUUCACACUUGACGUUAGAAUGUCAAACAUUUAAAAUAAUACUUUUAUUACAUAUGUUAUUGAUUUUCAAUAAUUUUUUUUAUGUAUUGUAUUAAAUUCAGAUAUUUUAUUACUCGUGGAAAAAACGAAAAUAAGUACUAUGAAUAAAUGUAAUUCCGCAUGGAGGUAUGAAAUGCACGACAAGAAAAAUGAAUUAUUCUACAAUAUAAUAUAUUUUAUAUUUUAAUAAACUAUUUUUAUGUUAAGGAAGAUAAUAUUGAAGCAAAAUAUCCUCAUAUUUUUUAAUUGCAAUAAUUUGUAUAAUAUUUUCAUGAUGAACAUUCUUUUAAAAACAUUACCCUACCCUUUACUUUUUUAAAUUCUUCAUAUUGAAUAACAUGUAAAAUUUAUGGGUGUCUGAAACUAUAACAAAUGAGGAGUAACAUCAGACAGCUAUAUAUAUAGUAUUGCCACCUAUAAAUUGACAAUGGAAUAAUUCAAAUUAAUCUUUAAAUACAUUUUUGAUGAGUGAUAUCGCUUAAAAAUUGACUGAACUUAUGCCAAAUGACGUACUUGUUUUAUACGGCAUAAUUUAUGUAGGUAUUUAUUGAAAUUUACUAUUAAAUUUUUUUCACACUUAUUACAACUUUUCAUAAGAUAAACAGAUUAAAAUAUUAAAAAAAAUACUUGUUUCAUCCUAUUCUUUCAUUAUGUAGGUAACCCAGGUUCUAAAAUGUCAUACCUUUAUAUCCUAUCUCCGAAUAUUUUGAUUGUUUUUCAAUCUCUCAUAAAAACACCUCAUUAGAUUAUCUAUUAUUGUAAUGUUACAAAACUAUUGUUUCAUACCACCAAUGUUGAACAGUAUUACAGAAGUUGAUAUAUGUAUCAAUCAUGUGUAUCAAAGAUUCAAUAAUUGUAUAGUUUAUGUAGUGUAACAUAUUUUAAUCAUGAUAGGUACUUUUUAUUACAAUAUCAAGUAACUUUUAGCGCUAAAAGCAGUGUUUGAAAGAAAUGAAUUCACAGAAACUCAUAUCUUUGAUUUUGGUUGCUUUUCAAGAAUUUACUGGUAACGGAUUUUUAUAGGAACUUAUUGAAAUUUUAUCCAUACUUUGGAAGAAUAUGAAUAAUUGUUUUUGUUUUUUUUUCAUUGGAUAUACCUACAUAAUUUAAAGGAAUUAUUUAUUAUUAGUUUGGAUUUUUUAUAUCUUCAUAAUAUCUGUUCACAGUAUACGACAUAUUUUCAACUGUAAAAAUUAACAAGUUCUAAAUUCAAAAUUAACCUAUUAUUAAUAUGUCAUAUUAAGUAAACCCUAAACAUUUUUCAACAUUUAUUAAUAAUAUAUGAUUUUGUCUCAAUUUCUCCCAUGGAGAACAUUUGCAGGUAAGGGUUUUUUUAUUGAGUUGAUUCUAUAUUAAAAUGAAAUAAAAUAUAUAUAUAUAUAUGGUGUACUUGGGGUUUUUCAAAUGUCAUGAUAUAAUCAAAUACUUAUUAAAAAAAAAAAAAAAAAUAGUAAUACUUUUUAGAGUUUUAUAUUCUAAAAUAUUAUACUGUCUUUAUUUAGUUAAUUUUUAUUUUUGGGUGGUAAAAUCAUUACCCAUUUUUGGUUUUUAAAUAGCAACCUGUAUUAAAAGUUUAAAUAUAUUUUUGAAGUGACAUUUGUAAUUUCCAUAUAUCCGUAAAUGAAAUUUUACCUUUUUAAAAGUACUUUCCAAGUACUGGCUAAGAUAUUUUUUUUUCAAAGAGCAAGCAAGAAUUUAUCAGUAUAAAUAACAUUUAAAUUAUAUUUAAUAAAUAUUUAAACAGAUGUUAUGUAAUAUUGAUUAAUGAUGUUGGUACGAAAUGUUCACCCUAAUUUAUAAUAAAUUAAUAAAUAAAUAAUAAUUUUCAGUUUUGUGAUGUAUCUUGUAUCACCAAUGGAAAAUCUAAAAUAUGUUUUUUGUAAACAUAAUGUACUUUAUUUAUUUGCACGUUGAUAAUAUUGACUAUAUUUAAGAAAGUUUAUUUAAAUAUUUCUGUGUAUUACUACAUAAAUUGUACAUUUCUUAUAAUAAUAAUACAUUUGACUUAACCAAUAAUUUAUUUUUAUACUUUAUUACAGAUUUUUUACACAAUGCUGGUGUCAUAUACAGAGACAUUAAACCGGAAAAUAUAUUAUUAGACGACGAUGGACACCUUCAAUUAAUUGACUUUGGUCUGUCUAAAUGGCUUCCACAAGGAUGUCGUACAUCCACUAUUUGUGGUACAACUCAGUACAUGGGUGAGUGAUUAGGAGUAUACUCACUUCGAUAACCUUAUUCUUACGAUAGCAGUUGUAAUUAUCUUCAUUAUGUUUUACAAUUUUAACAGCCCCAGAAGUUUUAGAGUCCGAGUACAAUCAUGUUAUUGAUUGGUGGUCAGCUGGAGUUCUGUUAUUUCGAAUGCUGACGAAUCAGGUAAUUACAUGUUUAUGCAUGGUUAUUACUAAUUACUUAUUAGUAGGGUUAGGAUUUUUAUGCACUUAAAAUUCACAAAAAUAGCUUAAAACUGUUAAAAAAAGCCUUAAAAGAUAACUUGAAAAUAUUUAAAAAGCAAUAAUGGUAGAGGGAUUUAAAAGUCUCCCCCUCUAAUGAUUUUAACUUAUUAAAAAAAAUGUUUCUACUUCAAAAAUGAUUAUUACAAAGUAAUCUACAACAGUGGCCGCACCCGUUUCCAGUAUCAGCUCUUAUUUUACGUUGGAACUUACACCACAGGAGAGACUCCCUCUCUUCAGUCUUCACCCAAUUACGGCUUUAGGUACCUACCUAUAUAAUAAGAGUUACAAUUUAUAAAAAGUUAAUACUACUCGCCGGUAAGCCCGAGGCCGUUGUUAAAGGUAUUCCUACUAUAUACAACGAUAAAUUAUUACAAACGAAAUGACGAUUUUGACCGGAGUAGUAUUCACUACUAUAGUACUGUUUUUCUCUGUUACUAAGAUAUAACCCAGAAAUCAAAAAAACCGUAAUCGGUGUAUCCGCGGUAUGCGUUGUUAGUAUUUUCAAUUAUUACAAAACAAUUUUUUGGAAUGUUGACAUUUUUUCAAAUAAAUUAUUAUUGGGCGAAAAAUCGUCUUCUAAGUUAUGUGAUAUGAAAAAAUCCGAGCAUUUUUACUAACCGGAAAAUUGUUUUCCGAGGAAAUAAAUCAGUAAAAACGCACGAAUAAAACGAAUUGCUCCUUCGGUACACACUAAGAAUCUAAAAAUUCCAAGGUGGGAGAGGGAAUCGCCGCUAGGCGUAUCGAUUACUAAAAUCACAAAAAAUAGAUAUCAGAACGAUGUCGAAAACAAAAAUAUGUGUGUUAGGUACUUCAAUAGUACAUAGCUGUCUGACUUAAGCCUUUAAUAUCAUGAGAUGAUUGAAUAGAAAUUGAAUUUGGCCAUUCUUGUUGCGAGGACCAGAGUUACACUGUAUAAUGAACUGUACCUCUAUACCCAGUUACCUACCUAUAUUUUAUUCGGCAGCCAUAAACGGCCGAGAGCAAAUUAAACGAGUACGCACGAGUACACGCCGCUGUACGAAUAUUACUUUUAAUCAUAAUUGGAAAAAAAAAAAAAAAAAAAAAUGGAAAAAAAAUGACCGUAAAGUCGAUCCCGCUGCGUCGUGAUCUCGCGUUGCUCGGCAGUUGGCAGUCCGCGGGCGGUGUACCGGCACGCACAAAAUUCCAUUUACAAAAAAUGCGGCUGCCGAGAGAGGUGAAUAACCAGUUCUGAACUUGAAGUCCAAUUUCAAAAAAAAAAAAAAAAAAAAAAAUAUGUACGUAAAAAAAAAAUUAAUACACCGUCUCGUCCGCCGAUUUAACACACAUUUACAUUCGGCUUAUUAUAAUAAUACGAAUAUUAUUCGACGGAGAAACGCCAUUUACCAAUAUAGUUUUUUUGCACGAGACGUGGUCUUUUGGUUUCUCAGAAAAUACGUUUUUGGUUCGUUGAAACGCCUCCGGGUCUGUACACGCCGCGCUUUAAAAAGUUAAAGAGAUGCGGAUUUUCCGUCCGGCGCAGCCGCGCUUUAUUCAAACGAUUUUUCUACAUUCAAUUCGAUAUUAUCUAAAAUAAUUAAAAAAAAAAAAAAGUCUAUACUGCUGGGCGUGUCACUACUUUUUAAGAGGAAAUGGGAGGGGGGGAUAGUAAUGCGUAGAUAUUAAUUUAAUUUAUACCCGUACGCAACGAUAAACUGUUGCUGACGAAAACCGAUUUCGAGAAUAGUAUUAGUCGUAUUUUUUCUGUUGUUGCCGAGGUAAUCGACAAAUCGACAAAAAUCAUACAAACAAUUGCCGUUUUUUUCGAUUUAUUAAGUAAACAAUUCCAAGAAAAAUCAAAAAAUGAUUUUCCCAGUGUGGCAGCGUACACAUCAGAUAAAAAAUACUACAAGAAAGUCUUUAUAAAAAAAAAAAAAAUCGUCAUCAAACAAUCGGCAUACAACGUAAAGAAAAAUUCAAAUUAAAACAACACCUAUAUCUAGCAAUAGCAAGUCCGUUUUUUAUACCGACCGUUGUCUUUCACUAAUUCCUUCAGAUAUAUGCACCAUUAUUUAAAUGACAAACUCUUGAUUUAAAAAUGUUUUUGGAAAAAUAUGCGGGUCAAAGUGUUCCAGAUGAAAGUACUUUGUCAAAAAAUUAUAUUCGAGAUAUUGAUCUUAAAACACUUUUUUCAAUUCGAGUUGUGAUUCCAGAUGGGCCCAAUUUUUUUCCCCCAAAGUUUUAUAAAUUAUGCUUCCAUAUUUAUGUAUUUUUAUUACAUAUAAAUCCGUUCUCUAAUAAUAAUCGUUUCUUUUUGUUUUGCAGUGAAAAGAGGAGAAAAAAUAAUAAACGAAUUGGCGUAUACAGGAUGUUUCGUAAUAGUAUGACCAUCUAGGCGGUCGAAAUUGUCGAAAUUAUUUUUUUAAUUUCAAAAAUUGUGUUCUUUUUGUUAUGUUUUAGAUUUGAAACGUAGUGAAGAGGGACCUAUUGGUUUCGCUAUAACGGUGUGUGUGUUUUUAUUUGUUGAAUCUUGUAGCUGUUAAAGCAAGUCGUUAUUUCAUUUUUCAAGUAAAAUUCGUAAUAAUUGGAAAAAAAAACGCAAAAUUGAAACUGACAAAUUUAUGGCUUUAAGAUUUAAUUAUUUUACAUUUUGACGAUUUAUGUUUUCUACUAAAAUUAUUUCUCCAAUUUAAAAAUGGUAAGAGAUCGUUUUUGUUCCAUUUUAGAUCAUGUUAGUGUGUAAACGAAACUUGUGUAGUGAAGUUUUUUUAAAAGUUAAGUAAAACUGGAAAAAAAAACGUAGAAAGAACGGAAAACUUUACGGAAAUAAUAGUUUCAUUAUUUUAAAUUUUGUUUAUUUGUUGUAAUUUAGUUUGUAUUAAAAGAACACAUUUUUUCGUUUUUUUAUAGACGUGGUAAUAUUUACAAAAUAUUUUGAAAAUAAUUUUGAGGUAUUUAUAGGCACAGUUAAUUUUUUAAUAGUUUAUAUUUGGUAGGUAAUAUGUAGGUAUAAUUGUUUGACCAACAGAAAUGCUUGCAAAUUUAUCAUAAUGUUCAUUAUAAGUUGUGUUUAUUAGUGCUAAAAUAAAAGUAGUCAUUACACUUUAAAUGUAGUCAAUUUUUUAUAUAAGAGUUUUGAGUUGAAAUUUUGAUAAAAAUCAUAAAUAUUACGGCCUUUCAAAUCAUUUACAAACGAACAUCGCUCAGAAUAGUUUUUCCAGGCAAUGGUUUAUCGUUGCUUGUAGAUACAAAAUAAAUUAACUUUAUGUUUCCUACCUUCCCGAUUCCCACAUUUAACAGCAGCGCGCACCCAUCAGCAGUAUUAUCUCUUUUUGUCGUUGGUUCUUAAGUUUAAAAAUAACAUUUCAUUAUAUUUUCUGAAAAGUUCUCUCAUGAAUCGAUUAGUCAUGUAAUUUUUAAAAUUUUUCGCUCGAUUUUAACGCUUAAACGCUUAAUCGAAAAAAAUCUAUGUGACACAUCUAUUUGUAAGAUAGUUUUAUAGGGUAUAAUAUCAUAGUGAUACAAUUAUAUUUUUUAACGUUUAGAAUAUUUCAUGGUCAUUGGUGUAGCCAUGAUUUAUCUUUGGUGGAGGGGGGGUUCAAUGAUCGCGAAGGGUUUAGGAGUCUAAAACCUUCUUAACCUAACCUCACCUAUAGUUUAAAUAAAUCGACGAGGGGUUUUGUACAACCCCCUUCCCGGAAAAGUGUUUUCCAAGAAAAGGAAUACACAUCUUAAAGUUGGGGUAUUUAGGGAGGGGGAGAUAUUAGAGAGAUAUAUUUCUUCCAUGACUUUUUUUUUUUUAAUAAUUAUUUUUUACGUGACUACCCGCUAUGUGUAAAUUACUUUUUAUUCAGAAAAAUCAAGAAAUUUAAUGUCAGUACAUAAAUAUAUAAUAUUAUAUCAGUAGAAAAACUGUGAGGUAUGCAUUUUUUCGUUUAAAACGAAAACUAUACGAACAGUCAUAAUAUGUUCAUUAGUGAGACUAGUAUAUCCGAUGAUAAUUUUAGGGUUAAUUUUAGGGUAAUUUUAGGGAUAGUUGUAUUAGUUACCUACAAAAAUAUAUAAAUCCUUAAAAUUGAUAAUUUUUUUUUCGUUUUUAGCCCUAGUACACGUAUGCAAUAUGAAAAAACUCAACACGAGGUUCGUCGUGAGUUUUCCUAUGUGGUAAAACGAACAAUAGUGUAGCGUAACGCGGUGGUUUUUUUUUGAAAACUGGUUAUUAGUUUCGAUUUGUUACGGCCGUUUGGCCGAACGUCGCUCGGAUUCGUUUCUCGCGGGCAAUGGUCCGCCGUCAGGCACAGAGUUACGAAUAAGAUUACACUACAUAUCGUCCCGUUCGUGUUCCUCCUCGAAACAGUGGCACGGGCCAUCCAUCAGCAGUAUGUCACCUUUUUUUUUUUUUUUUUUUUUUUUAAUCCGUCUUUUCGUCCUAGGCUCCUCGGUAACGUUCCGCGGCCGCGUUCAACGUCUCGUGGGGUGGGGGUGGGGAACCCAGGUUUCUCGGAGACGGACGGACGUAGCAAACGUUCCGUGGUCGACGGCCGCGGUGUUUACGUUUGCGGCGCCGAACACAUCCCGAGUGCAAAGACACACGCGGGCGUGUUGAUACCGGUAACGGCGCAAAACAAACAUCGCCGCGGACGCAUCCGCGCGCCGUGUGCAGACGACACGGAUGCCGGCAGCGGACGUUGUAAAGUAUGCCUACCCGUAUACGCGGUACCGCGGACGCGAGCGUCGCGGCGAGCAACGUUCUACUCGUCCGACGCGAUGUUUCGUGUCUUUUGUUUUACGGCCGUCGAACGACGGAAUAAAAACAAUCCAUUCGACUGACGAGACAACAGCAAAAAAAAAACCCGCGUACGGCCGGCGUACGCGAUUACAAAGUGCGCGCGGACGUCUCCCGGGUAGGUACGCGCCGUCUGUCCAUUGUGUACGCGGAGUUUUUCGGGUUUUUUUUUUUUUUUGUUUUUUGUCCGCGCCCAAGAACAAUACCUGAGCGUUAUUGUUGUUUUUUUUUCUAAUCCGGCACGUUAUUCGACGCGCGUCGAACGCCGUGCCGCGCGCGGUUAAUAACACGCGGCGACGCUGUUAAUGGAACGUCGUGUGUUCGCGCGCAUUGUGCGUUUUCGCGUUGUCUGACGGCCGGCCGCCCGCCGCCGCAGCAGCAGUACCGCCGACCGCGACGACCCGCGCCCGAAGAUGGGAAACGCGACGGAAAAAAUAAAAAAAAAACAACAACACAAUAAAAACCGAUUGUUCCAUCGCCCCGGAGGUUAUUAUAUUUUUACUACUGUCGGCGUGUUUAUUCGCGUUGCACGCGCCCCGUCCGCCGCGGCCGUCCCGCGCGAAAUCGAACGCGACAAUAUCCGAUCCGACGUGUUGAACGCGUCGUCGCGCGCCGCUCACAAACGCCAAUGUGGUCGCCGACGGCGCGCGAUAAUGAGGGGGCGAUAUUGCGUUUUACUCGCGGACACGGACGCACCUGAAUUGCCUAUUCAAAACGCCCGGUCGUUUCGGUGGUUUUUUUUUUUUUUUUUUUUCUCGCUCGUCGGACGCCGACAAAACCAACGGUUAUCGGCGACCGGCGGGAGGCGGGAAGAGGUUGGGUUUUGUAGCGUUAAUCAGGAAUAAUAACACAAACACACACACACACACACACACACACACACACACACACACACCGUAUACUAUUUUUAAGAAAUCGUGUAAUAUUAUUUUUAUUCGAGUACUAUUGCAGUAUAUGUCAGAAUAUAAUAUUCCAACGGCGGCGAACGAUUAUAUUCUAAUUACAAUGUGUCCGUCGUCGUUGUAUUACAGUAUUUAGUAUUACAAUAAAUAAUUAGGUAUAAUAUCGUGUAAAAUAUAAUAUAUAUAGUUGAAUGUACUAUAAUGUAAUAUUAUAAUAUUGUACUGUUAUACUUUUAACAAUCUAAAAUAGCUAAAUAGAUUAUAAUAAUAUCGUAGAAACUUAAAAAACUAACAUCGUAAUCAUUAAUAAUAGUAUAGUAAUUUUUUUAAAAUUUUUUUUUUAGGUUUUUUAUUUUAAAUCUUGAUCUUUUUAAAUCGUCGUAUUAAUAAUAUAUAUAAUAAAUAAGUAUCGUUAGCCUAUAUAUUAUAAUAAAUAAAUUAUUAUGUUAUAAAUAUUGAUAUCACACACACAGAAUAUAAGAAUGACUGAAUAAAUAGCAAUAAUAAUAAUAAUAAUAAUAGUGUUGAUGACUGUUUCGAACUGCAAAAAAAAAAAAAAGAAAAAAUGAUAGAAAAAUCGAGUUUCCGUUGUGAAAAAUCGAAUUUCCUUGCGCCGCGGAAAACCGUCACGGGUCUAUAAUAUAUGUAUACAAAAAAAAAAAAAAAAACAAUUCUUCAAUUAAUAGUCUAAAUAUUAUUAUUUAGAGAGAGAAUGAUGAACUACGACUUUUUUUUUUUUUUUGUUUUUUUCUGAAAUGGCACUACCUAGACGUAUUUUUUUUUCUUUUCAUACAUAUAUAUUAUGUUUUGUUUGUUUUUACGCUCCGGACGUUAUCGCGGCCCGACUAAAUAUUAUUAUUUAGAGAGAGAAUGAUGAACUACGACUUUUUUUUUUUUUUUUUUUUUUUAUUAUUUAUUAUGUGUAUUGCUAUUCAGUCUUGUCAUUUUUUUUUCCUUUUUGAUUUACCUAAUUAGCUUUCUUUUGCUUUUGUUUCUUCAUAAUCGAAUCGGUCGGUUUCUUUUCCUUGCUGGCGUCCCGCUUGUUCACGGAGUGUUGUUCUUUCUUUUCGUCACUGGCUGGCGCGGCUUCCGGUUUCUUCGGUUCUUCCAAAGCUGCGCUCUGUUCGGCCGGCUUCGGUGCUUCGGCGGCGACGGCGGGUGUUUCGGCCUUCAACUGUUCGGAUGGCUUUGGCUCCUCGGUGGGUGCGGCGAUGGCGGCUGGUGCGUCAGCAGCGGGGACGGCGGCGGCGGCUGGAGCGGCGGCGGCUGGGGCGGCGGCGGGUUCCUCUGCCGGUUUCGGCGCGGAUUCCAGAGCUGCGGACUUUUGGCUAUCUUCUGCGGAGGCGACCGGCUUGGCGGCUUCAGGUUGGGCGACCGGCUCGGCUUCUUUGGGGGCUUCGGACAACUUUUCGGCGGCUUCGGGUGCGGCUUGCACCGGGUCGGCGGCUGCUACUGGCACGGCUGGCAACACUUUGGUCUCGGACACUUCGCUGGCGGCUGGUACGGCGUCUUCAGCCGGCUUUGCGGCUUCAACGGCGGCCACGGUUUCGGCGGGCUUGGCGGGUUCCUCGGCGGUUUUGGUCUCUUCGGUCAACGGGGCGGAUUCGGAAGGCUUGGCUUCUUCGGCGGCGGCGGCCGGGGCGGCGGCGGCCGACGGAUCGGCUUGGACGGCGGCGGAUUGUUCCACUUGGUUGGAUUCGAUGGACUGUUGGGCCGCCUUGGGGUCUUGGGCGUCGGUCGGGUUCAGGGGAAGAGCUACGGGUGUCUCGGCCUUGACCGCUUCGGAUUCAGCCUUCACGUCACUGGCCGGUUUCGAUUCUUCGGCGGACGGUUUGGCUUCAGCAACGGACUCUGUCUCGGCCUUGGCGUCGGUGACCGGCGCGGCGGAUGCUUCUUCCGGUGUUACGAUGAUGUUCUCGGACUUGACCUCGUCGUUGACGGGCGCCACGGCGUCGUUUUCCGGUUUGGUUUCCGCAGAAACGACCGGAGCCGGUUUCGGGUCGCUUUCCGGUUUGGCUUCGGCGACAACGGCCGCGGGCUUAGCGUCGUUCUCCGCCUUUUGUUCGGCGGCGGGUUUCGCGGGUUCGCUUUCGGCUUUAACGUCAGCGGACGGCUUGACUUCGGGCUCGGCUUUGGCAUCGCUCUCCGGUUUGGCCUCGCUCACGGCUUCCACUUGCUUCUGCGGUAAGGCUUCGGCCGCGGGCGCGGCAGACGACACUUCGACGGGCAUGGAUUGGGCGCUCCAGAAGAGGGCUCCGAACAAGCACAGUCCCAAAAUUGCGGUUUUCAUUCUGCGAAUAAACACCGACAUAGCAGUUAAUAGCGGUUCGGAAUUGUUAUUUCAUUAGCGUUCCAACGUGUUAAUAACGUUAACGAAUUGCGACGUGUUUAAUGACGAAAACGAUUAUCCGCGAUAUCCGAUGCGUACGUAUACAUUUAUGUUUACGGACGGCCGAACACGCACAGUAAUAAAUGGUAUUAUUAAUUUUGUUUUCCCCCAGUUGUACGAGCAAUUAAUCACACGGCAUUACGGCGGACCGCGUUAAAGACGAGUAGCGGGCGUAUCGAUAAAAACCGGCCGGCCGCGUCGGGAAUAAAAAAAAAAAUAAAAAAAAAUAAUUUUCAAUGUCUUUCCGUUAUUCGCGUGAUUGCGCGCGCGGUAAUUGCACGAAUUAUCUAUCGUUAAUAAUUAGGAUAUAAUAUCCCUCGAGAUUUUCAAAGACUUUCAUUGUGGGGAACGGGGAAACAAACCGAUAUUUUUCUAAAAAAAAAAAACCAAACGAUAUAAUAACGGACGAUACGUCAUAUCCCGGCGAUGUUAUUGUUUUAAGGUAUACACUCCGGGAACACGGUUUUAUUUAAUUACUACUGUCGAGGAAUUAGGUUGAGGCCGUUUUGUCAUUUGCGCGACAUCCGAACGAAUCGUACGUAUUAUUUUACAAUGUUUUCGCUGCUGGUAUUGCGGCCAGAUCGCGUGUUUCGUCCGACUGCAGUUUCGUUUUCUCUGCGUACAUUGUCCGUGCACCGAUAAAAACCUCCUACACUCGAACCGAUAAUAGUAUUCAAACCGACCCGCGUUUACCCGUUUGAAAUACGAGUGAUAUUAUCGAACGCGUACGUUUAUUUGUUUAACGAUAAAUAUUACAUAGAAACACCGGACUGCCGGUUCGAACAUAUUUUGAUUGUGUAUUUGAAAUAUUCGAAUAAAAAAAAAAGAAAAAAACAGAAAACAGAAAAAGAAGCCCCCGACGGUAAAAUAAGACUUAUGAAAACGAUUCGAAUAAUAAUAUAUAAUACACAAUGUAUAAUUUCGUUUUUUAUUUACGUUUUUUACGUUGUCCUAUAACUCGUAUAUUUCAUUUCGUUAAAAUCUCUAAAAAAAAAAAAACAUUCCGGGUACGAAAAUUCUAAACAGUGUUGUAGUUCAAACAUUCUAAUAAUAAUUUUUUUUUUCUCGAACACGGGUUGAUAAAUUGGACACGAUAAAAUAAUUUAUCAUUAUUUAGACGCAAUUCGUAUAAUUAUAUUUCGAACAUGUAUCAAUUAUGAUCGUGACAUUGGUUUUUGUAUACAGGUAUUUGUAAAAAAAUCGAUUGUUUUUCUAUUUCAACGCGUUCGCAUAUUAUUUGAGAUUUUAUCGUGAAAAAAUUAAAAAAAAAAAAAAACAAAUUACAUAGUCUCGUCCGAUUUAUUUAUUAGUUCGGCGGCUACGUAUUUUACCCCCCGACCGUUAAUAUCGAAACGGUUUUUAACUUUUUUUUUAAUAUUUCCCCAUACUUGUGUGUUUUUCCCGAAAUCGGCAAGACUCGUUUGAAAAGUCAAUAGUCUAGAAGGAGAACAAUCGAAAACAAUCCAAUGCCCGACCCUCCGGUCAAAUAUAAACAAAUAUAUUUCAACGACCGUGUAUUAGGCGUGCCAGAACAAGAACCCACGGCUCUGUUGUUCGCGAUCGUCGAACAUUCGCCGAGUUGAGUAGUUUUUUUUUUGUAAAAUUAAAAAAAAAAAAAUGCCCAAAAAAAAAAUGAUUAAAAAAAAAAUAAAAUAAUAAUAAUAAUAAAUAUUAUAGCGUUUGUUGGUUUACCUGGCAGUUUGUGUGGAAAAAAAACUCGGCCGACGUUCGGACAAAUGUGUAUGUGUGUGUGUACGCGAAACGCAACGAAACUGUGCAGCCGUAGAUAAUAUAUUUUUUUUAUAUUUUCUGUUUGUAUAUUAUGUUAUUUAUUCACCACUCACUAGUGCGGCUGUGUGCGGCAAAAAUUGUUGUGUUCUGGUUUGCGCGCGGUACUCGUAUAACUCGGCACACGCAACGGGCCACCUCUUUAUAAGUAGCGGCUCGGCGGCGCGACGCACACGCACCCCCGGCAGCCUCGCGCGCCGACGCCGCCGUUGCCACCACCCGGCCGCCGCCGCCGCCGCCGCCUUCACCUCCGCCGCCGCCGUCGCCGCCGCCCGCCUUCGUUCGCCGUCCGUCUGCCCGUCCGUACGGGCAAGAUCGAAAACCAAUAGCAGAGAGUUUGCGGAGCGCAGUGUGCACGCGGGCGGCGAGAUCGAGAAAAAAAAAAAAAAAAUUAUAUAAAUUAUACACGAGAGACGUUAUGUUUACGCGCGUCCAAUAACGUCAAUAUUCCGCCGGUACUUGUAAAAUUUUCGAAAAAAUUUCUGCGAACACACGUUAUUAUUUUAUCCGUCGGGCGUACGGCGCGACGCGUGCACCUACGCAACGGGUUAGCGUCUCCGGCCAUAACCAAAACCCGGCCCCCUUACCCCGUUGAGCGGACUUGUUAGAACGCCGUCGUCGUUCCCGUGUCCUGAGCGGCAAACGGAGUCGACGGGAAUUUCAUUUAUUUAUUGUUUUUUUUUUUUUUUUUUUUUUUUUAAUCUCAUUCGCGGUGUUUUACGCGGCGUUUUUUAUUUCGUUUUUCUCGUCUACGUAUCGCUUUUGCUGCGGGCCCGUUGGGUCCGGGCGUUUGGUUUCGCGUUGUAAAAGUCUUCAACUCGGACGUACCGGUAGUGCGUCGCUUGGAUUAUUGAACACACGGACAUCGUCAGUUUCGUUUCAGAUCCCGACGAGCGCAACGGUUUCACCAUGGCGCGCGCGCGUUUUUUCCGUGCCCGCGAACAACCGCUUCGAUUUUCGAGCGCAGCGUCUGUUUCGAAAACGGAUUUCGAUAUUAGAACGGCGACCGGGCUGCUUUUGGGUACGGUUUUUUUUUUUUUUACGAAAACGUUGCGGGGUUCCCACGUACCCGUAAUGACGUCGCCGGGUGGAAAAAAAGAUUUCCGCCCAGACGUACGUCGUAUUAUUGGAUUGCGUAUUAAAUCAGGUCGGGUUUUUUUUUUCCCCCAAUGUUUCCGCGAACCGCGGGGGUCGCCUUUGUAGUUUUGAAUUUGUUCGCGUUUUACGUGUUUCUAUAACUAUUUUGGCACAUAGUUUCGCACGCGUUGCACACGACAUUUUUAUAGGUGCGAAUUUUUUUUUUCCACCUCGAUUGUAUUCCGAAAACGGUGCCCGCGGAUAAUUUCCGUCGAAUUUCGGUUUACGCACGUACAAUCGUUUUCAAACGUAGCCAAUUUACAAAUUUUAUUUAUUUUUUAUUUUUCAAAAGACAUAUUCGCUCGUUCGGAUAAAACGUACGCAUUAUUUUCUAUCCCCUAACGAUUUUUCAUUUUCCCGUCGCCCUCACUUCAGUUCAAUCGAUUUGACGCCCGGAAAAAUAAUUACGUUUAUACACAUAUACAUUGACGGUUCGAACUGCAGUACGCGAUAUUCGAUAACAACUGUCGAGUUCGAUUAUAUUGUGCGUUCGCUUGAUAUUACAAGGGUUGUCCUUUUCAAAUCGGAUUUUAUUUUUUCGCAAUCAAUCUCGGCGUAGAACUCUUCCGAAAUUUGACAGAGUGAUAUAAUCGCGGUGAUGAGUUUUUGUAAACUCGUGUCGGCGCUUCGAGAAAGACGAUUUCUCGCAGAGGAUUUUCGUUUUUGACGGUGUUCUUUUUUCUUUUUUUUUUUUUUUAAUCUCAUUAUCGUCGUACGCUGCAGUUUUCGAUAUUAUCAUAUAGAUUGCGCGUGACAGUUAUUGCAGACGAAACGUCAUAAUUAUAAUACAUGUACUACCGUACAUAAUUAUUAUUGUUAUUAUUAUUACAAUUUUAUUACUAUUUAUCGUCUCGAUGCAUACGCAUUUCAUUAAACGUAAUUGUUAUUACUUAAUACUUAAUCGUAUUGAUGUGGAUCACGAAAACGGUUUUUCAUAUAUUUAUUGAUUGAUCGAAAAUACAACGGCUAUAGACAGUCCAUACCAAAUUACCUAAUGCUUGAAUAUGGGGGUGCAGGAACGAAGUUCCACUUCGUUUCUUAAAAUAUUUUAGCGUACCGCUUAUAAAUUUUCUUAAUGAUGGUCUAAAUUAGAUUGAAUUCAAUCAUUACAAAUCGCGCUACUUUUUUUUAAGCCUCAUAUAGUACCCGUUUUUUUUUUUUCCAAUUCAAGUACGGAAAAUGCCGAAUAACGACGCGUUUCGUGUGUUUAAUAAUUCUGUUUAUAAACAUAUUAUUUCGUUGGGUUUUUUUUUGGGGGGGGGGAGGGAGUGGGCAUUUUAUGGUUAAUUAUACGACUUUGUAUAUUUUCAACGUAUAUUUUAGGAUUUCGUAAACACGUUUAAUUCAAAUUUUAAUUUUAAGUCGUCUAACGUUUUCUUCUCUAUAACUCAACAAAAGCUAAAAAUUAUACAAAAUCAUUGGUUAAGAUUUAUAAAUACGAGCAGACGAGCCGAUAACUAUAUUGUAAUAUAAUACCUCAAUUUAAAAUAAACUAUUAGUUUUCAUUUUGUUUAACUCGAAUAGAUUGUUACAGGAUAUUACAAUUUCUCUAUUUUUUCAUCAAAUCGACACGGGGGGGGGGGCGAUUUUUCUUUUAGUUUUUGUCCAUUAUAAAAAAAUAUGAUUCAUUUUUAAUUUCAGUCCGAAGAAAAUUCACCGUAUAGCUUAACAAAAUAAUAUUUUAUGAUUUAUGGAAGACUUCGGCUAUAUGGAAGAAAAUACGACUAAUAAUAAUCUUCUGUUCGGAAUCGUUUUCCGUACGUUUUACACACAUUAUGUAUGCACCAAAUUGCCGCGUGCCCCACGAUUUUCCUCUUAAAACAACGGUACGCCCAUCGGGAGUGUCGGCCUUUACAUUUUUUUUUUCGACUACGUAUACGGGUGUAUACGGUUUUUUUUUUUUUUUAAGGCAUAGCUGCCACUCAAUCUGUAAAUCCCGCGAUGUGCGCAGCAACAGUCCGAACGGAUCCGGGUAAAACGGCCGUGCCUUUGCAGCCAGCCGGCCGGAUUAAACAACGGCGCCCGGCGAUUUAUAAUAUUGUGUCGCGUUAAACGGACGCGAACCGGAUGCCGGCCGGCGCCCGCCGCGGCCGGACGCAAAUAACGCCGCCACGCGCCGAAACGUGUGCGCCUGUCCUCGUCGUCGCGUACCCGUGCCCGCGUGUCUGCGGUGCUCCGUGACGGCCUUUCGCGUAAAAGUUGAGGGUUUUGCGCAAGGCGUCGACCUACUGCGCGCGCCCGCGUGUGCGUGUGUAGCGCGUACCGUAAAACAUUACGCGGGCCGCGCAGCGUUGGCCGGUCGUUAUUGCGUUUUACUCACGCUCUCUCUCGCUCCCUCGCUCCCUCUUCCCAACGCAACUGGCAGUGUACACAAUAGCGUGCGUUUCGUUCGGUCCCGCGCAAACAUCGUUCCGAAACGCGCUCGAUGUCGUUGCGGCGUUCGGCGGCGCGAUCGUGGUGUUUUGAACACGGAUCCGCGCGUUUUGUUUCGUUUUUUUUUUAUUAAGAAUCUUGUUCCAAUUGAAAAAAAAUGACGACGGCUUUUGCGUGGAGUUCCAAAUCUCGUUGUUUCGGGAGGAUGGUGUUUUUUGUUUUUAUACUCGGAUAAUAGAGGUGAACCGACUACCUCCUUUUGAUUUUCAAAUGGCACUCUAUAUUAAAAAUUCUACAAACAGACGGAGUUUUAGUUGAAAUACAUUUUUAUGUUGAAAUGUUUAAUUUCCGUUAAGUCGUUGACUAUAUUUUCCAUUUUUGAGUUUAUCGUUUUGCGGGCAGUGUGAGAGUGGCGGAUCCCUACUCAAACGUCGUGCGUUGCGUCGCCACACAAAUGAUGCUCCACUUCUCUCUUCUUACCCGGUAGUCGGUAAUAAUCAAAAAUGGCCACCGAAAAUAUAGCCAUUACAAAAAUAAUUACAAAUAUAAUACGUAGACAAACAACAGUGGACCCAUAUUAUAAUUUAAAUUAUAUUUAAACAGUAAAUUAUAUUCAAAGUACAAUUUUAAAAUACUAUUUAACUUAUAUAUAAUUGUGUAUCAGUAAAAUUGUUAAAUGUUAAAUGUUAACAUUUUAAUAAUAAGUAAUAAAAGAAAAUAAUAAAAAAUAAUUACAGAAUUAUGAGAUUAAACAUUUUGUAAUUAAAAAUGCAUUUUAAACAUAAUAGCAUUACUAUAUAAUAGUAUUAUACUUUUGAAAUGGACCAGUGGUAACGGGAUACAGCGUACAACACUAUGCAUCUUUAAACGAGGCCAUUUUUCUUCCAAUCGUGUUUUCCGCUGGACAUGUUUUUCUUCCGGUCAUAUUUUCCUCUGGACACAUUUUUUUUUAUUUUUUUCCGGUCAUAUUUUCCUCCGUCCAUUUUGUUAUACCGGCAUUUUAACCGGGUCAUUUAAGAUUUGGUCAUUAUUUCCUUGACUUGCCUCAUUCAAACUUAAAAGUUGGAAUAUCUCAUCAACGGGUUGACGGAAAUCAAAAAUGCCAAUGUAUUUAAACUAGUACUCCGUCUAUGUAUGCAAUUUUUAAUAUAAAUUACCAUUUGAAAACCAUAAGUAAAUUUAGUCUGUUUACCUCCAAAAAUAAAGGUGACAAAAAAAAUAUUGUAACAUAACAAUUUAGAGCUACUAUUGUUUCUUGAAUGUUUAAAAAAAGGAAUUCCGAAAAAAGUCAAUCAUUAUCAAGGUAUCCGAAAUGUUCAUAUCUUUGUUGGACAUCUUGUAUCGAAUUCGGGAAUUAGUUCUGUUACGGAUUUUCGUCUAUAGUAGGUGCUUUACCGGUUUUUUGAUUGCGUAGUUGUUCGCAUAUAACAUUAUUAUUAUAAGCGCUGUGUACGUUUAUAGUCAAACAUCGAACGGUUCGUUGUUAUAAUAUUGCAACGCUUUAGGUAUUAUAUGUGUAAUAAUAUAUAUUAACCGUAUAUUAUAAAAAUGUUAUAAUGUCGCUUACCUACCUACACCUACCUCUAUAUCUACUUGUCUAUACAAUAUCGAGUUACAUGGGGAAUUUUUUUUUUUUUUACCGUUAUUAUUAUUAUACGUAUAAGGAGUGCAAUGAGAAUUCGAGAAGUUUCGAUAUCGAUAAUAUUGUAUUAUUAUUGCGGCGGCGGCGGCGGCGGCGAUACGAGUAUAGACAUACCUACUCGAGAGAGAGAGAGAGAGAAAGAACCUUAUAUUAUAUUAUACAAAUCUUCAAAUACUGACAUUUCACGAUUUCGCAUUAUCGAUAACGACGACCCGACGAGUGUGUGGUUGUGUCUGAUGUGUGCGUGUGAAACGUUCAAUCGCGCACGGACACACAUCCGGUGCUGCACUCGAGGCGCCCGAACAGUAUUAUUGAUGUAAAGCCGUUAUAAUAAUAAUAAUAAUAUAAUAAAAAAACGAGACGAGAACGUCAUCGUCGUAUCUCCGUGUACAUAUAUUAUUAUAAUAAAAGAGCUCUUGAAUGUUAUAUAAAAGUAUAUAUAGUGCUUUGCGUGAAAAAAAGAAAAAAAAAACUUCUCGAAAAGUACGUUCUUUGUACGCUGCUGCGUAUCUAAAAUGUAGGUAGGUAUAUCGUUAUUAUUAUUUUUCUUUUUCGUGCUUCUGCCUCCGAUUUUCACUCGAUACACAUUUCAAUAACCGAAAAUAUCUACACGGCACGAGUGUAAGUGUUUGAUCGUUUUUCAUACAAUUUUUUGUAUUCAUACAUUGUGUUUUAUUGAAAAUACGCGUUCGAUUAUACUUGGAUAUUUAUUAUUUAUUAUUAUACGCGAGAGUUUAAAACGCCAGUAGGUAUACAGUUGAAUAGAGUUUUUUUUUCGCCUGUUUUCACCGGAACUUUAUAUUGUAGAAUUUUAGAUCUGUAAUGUAUAAUAUGGUCGGUGAUGCGUUGAGGAGAUCGUUGGGAAAUUUCUCUCAUACAUUUCUUAUAUUAUAAUAAACCGGGAAAAGCCGAAGCCUUAAAACAGGACGUGGAAGUUUUAUUACGAGGUAGACCGAACUGGACGAUUUUGGCGACGGAUGGAGACGGAUAGUCGGAGGAUCGGUUGUGAUCCUACAGGCCGAAUAAAACACAAAUAAGAUAGGAUAGGAUAAAAUGGCUCAAAAGAUUAUCCAAGGUUUAAAGUUCUUAAUAUCUAAUUUUUUUCCAUAAGCGUCUUAUAACUUUGGAUUGAUCAGGGUUUAUAUAUUAUGCACUUUAAGUCAGUGGCGUAUUUACAGGGGAGGGGGAGAUUAGUGAGAUUUAUCUCAUCCUGUCCUGAAAUUUUUUAUUACUAUGUAUUAUUUAUACGAUUAUAUAUUUUUAAGUUCAAAUUACUAAUUUUUUAUCCCGAAAGUCGAAAAUUCGGUGUGUCCAUAGUUAGUGUUUGGACCUAUGUCCAAACCAUUAUAAUACGAAAGUGGUUAGAUUAUUAGUACUUUAAUAAUAAUAAUAAUUUACCUAGAUAUACCAAACAUUUGUUUAAUUUAAAUGAUGAUUUUUUGGUGAAUUUAAUUAUUAAUUAAAUAUAAAAAUUCAAAAAUGGACCAUUUUUUUUAGCCUCGGCACACGUUAUACAAUGUGACACAAUUUCCAAAUUCAAUAAUAUCUCUCUCUUUGUUAAUAUCAUAAAUAACCCUAAUUGCUUUAACUAUUUUAUGUACUUCUUGAGGCGGCUUAUGCGUAUUCCACAUCACUAUACUCGUGUAAUAUAUUACAGCAUGAAAAUGUGGUUUUUUUUUUUUUUUUUUAGCUUGCUAAUGGGUAAUAUAUUCGUUUAUUCGAUUAUAAUAUUGUCUUACCUCAGAGUCAGUCGUCUGUACAUUGCGUUUCUAAGCAAUUUUAUGUGUUUUUAUUCGUCUCGAUUUAUACUAAUAGUUUUAUGAUGAUAAAAAAUAAUAUCAUGUCAAUCGGUAGCUAUAAUUAGAAUUGAUGACGAGCGUUUCGGAUCGUUUAAAUAACAAUCUGUUGACGGAAUAAUACUAACUAACUAAAAACAAAACACAAAUAAUAAUGAUAUCAUAACGAACGACCCCGUAUAGCUGAUAGCGUAGUGUAUGUUAAUUAAAAUUCAUCGUCGUAUUUGGUUGUUUGUGAUGUUUAAAUAUGUAUAUCAACAAUAUUUAGAUGCCUGUAUAUAUUAUAGCGAGAGUCCACGCAUAAUAAUUUCCCCGGAGAAUAAUUUUCGUCGCGUGUCGUUAUUAUUAAAUUAAAUAUUAAAAAAAAAAAAUAUAUGUAUGGUAAAAAAACCGCCUCAUCGUCAUUAUAUAACUUCUCUCUCGGCAGUAAUUAAACUGGACUGUCGUAAAAAAAACCAGAUUAAACAUUUUUACAUUUUUUUUUUUUUUUUUGAUUUUUCGUAUAAAUUUUAUUUUUUCUAAUACUUUAAAUAAUAUUAUGUACGCGCUGACCCGAAUUCGGACGCUUUUCAAAUAUUGAUUUUCAGUCUUUGCUACUGCUGCCAUAUCAGUGUGUGUGUGUGUGUGUGUGUGUGUGCACUGUGCAGUCGUCGUCGUAUACACAUCGAGAUAUAAUUUAUGGUUCGUCCCUUUUCUAUAUAAUAUUCGUCGUCCGGACCGGCUAAAAUACUCAGUGCGGUGUAACACCGUGCAAAUAACAAAUUUUCCCUUCGCUCGUAAACCACGUUGGCUUAUGAUAAUAAUAAUAAGAAUGAUAAUCGACAUGUUUAUUUGAAACGCGCAUUAGAACCGGAAAUUCGAUAUAAUGCUCGUGAGUAUAUUAUUAUUACAAUAUACGUACGAAUGGGUUCAUGUAUUAUAAUUUAUUGCAGCACGAAUAAACGAAUAUCGCGAGCUCUUUCUCUUUGAAAAAAUAAAAAAUUAUAACGGGGUUAUACGAGUACACUUACCUAUACACCUAUCUAUCUAUAUUUUAGUACUGGUGUUGUUAAUUUUUUUUUUCCAAAGAGUGUAAUAUGGUUACCCAGAUUUUCGGUAAAAAAGUUGUUGUUAACAUACUGAAAAAAAACCGUAAAACCAAUACAUUCCAGAAUCUAAAGCAUUUUUAAUUCGCAUAUACAUGUACCGAUCCAUGCAGACGCUGGUCUUGAAUAAUACAAUUUCAACAAAUUCUUUGGAGUUGACCAGUAUGAAUUUCUCCUUAAAAUCUGAAUCAGUGUGUUUUAAGAAAUAUUUUAGACUAAACCGGUGUGCAAAUACGACAAACUGGUUAACUUUUUAUUCGAUCGGCGUAAAAGAUGGCCGAUAUUUGUCGAUCCCGGUUUGUCCCUAUCAUAAUCCUUAAAUUUGAUAAUUUCUUAUCACAUUUUAAAAUAUCAAUAUGAAUUGUUGUAUUUUACUAUACGCAAUCAAUAAUCUUCAAUAGUCACUUGAUUCUCUUUACGAUCCUCUCUUUACGUCGUGCUCGGGUUGUACCGGAAUUCCGUAGUUUGCCGCAGCUGUAUUAGUAUUACCGAGUAUUUGCAACAGAAUAGGCGACACGGAAAUUAAGUCGGGAGUAAGGACAAACUGAUUGAUUCGUGAAUUUCGCAUUAAAUCUGUUCGAAAUGUUUUGCGCCGCGAUGUUAAAUCGGAACCAAAUAAAUCACCGACCCAACAACCGGUUUGCUCUAUAGUGAAUAUUUCGUUUGUUUCCGUAGUGUAAUACUUAAAUGUAUUUAUUUUUUUUAUUUUUUUUGUUCUAAUUCCCGGUUACGGGUCACCGACAAGUCUCAACUUAUAUAUUACUUGAUAAUAUCAACCGCGUAUGUAAGUUUACAACACAGCAUUGUAAACAAAAAAAAAAUCGCAAUUAACGUAAAAAACAAAUAAUAAUAAUGGCAGUGAAUUCCGUUUGUGUUCGUAUUAAUAAUAUCGCAUCGCGGACCGGUUUUUUCACGAUUGUUAUAUGCAUUCGUUUUAUAACAAUAAUUGCGAUUACAAUGGAAUAAAAACUAUAAUAUUAUCGUGGCCGCGCGAGUUCAAAUUUCCUUACGAAACGCGAUAAACAACAUCGUGUGUUAAAGGUUAUACUGUUAGCGCUGCUGCAGUUAAAUGCUUAAUUGUUCCGAGUACAACAAAUUAUAAUAAUCCGAUUGUGAUGUGUAUAGGUAUAUAGUUUUCGGUCAAUGAUAAAACAUUAUACGCGAGACAGAUUUAUCGGAGAUUUUAAUGUUUAUUUUAUUUUAUUUUUUUUUAUCCGAUUCGACAGUUUUUUUUCUCUUCAUAUAGUAUGCCGAUGUGCGGAACGAGAAUUGAAAAUUAUUUGUGAUUUUCUGCAUGUUUCAUAUCAUAUUGUAAUAAUUAUAUGAUGUGUGUGUUGUUGUUUUUUGCUGUCUUCGAACGAGUUUUCGACCUAGGUCCGAUCAAACAGAUACUUUCUUGUGGUAGCCCGGUAAUAAUGGCCAUUGAGAAAACGGCCGUAAUUUUAUACCUAUCAUUACGCUCAAAUUGCAUUUGUUUCGACCACUAAGUACAAAUUAUUUUGAACGACAAACCUCGUAUUUUUCAAUAAUUUCUGUUUGGUCAAACAAUUUUAUCCACUAAUGGCCGAUUUCACCAUGUUAGAGUUAAAGUGUGGAUUAAUUAACUUUGAGUUACCAAGUAAGUCAGAGUUAUCGUCGUUGCCGUUUCAUUACAUGUUUUUGGGUUGGGGUUAGUUAAUCCAGAGAUUAGCUUCAUUAACCUAUGACGGUUUCUUCCAGAAAAUGUUGAAAUAUUAAAUGCCUCAAGAGCCAUUUAUUUAUUUAUCUAAAAUCGUCAGAAGGUUUGAACAUUUGAUCACGUUUAGAAAACGCCAUACAAUAUAUAAGUAUUCUGUGCGAAUUUUUCUUGGAAAAUAUCGAGCGGUAAUAUCGAGAUUGCGGGUGGCAUUUCGAAAAAAUUUUCUGAUUCUGUAUAUUAUUAUUAUUAUAUAUUAAGGACAAGUUUUUCGAUUUCUAAAUCUUGUUAUUAUUAUUAUUUUUAUAAAUUAAUUCGGAUAAAAGCGCAAACGUUCGCACUCGGUCGUUCGAAAUAUUCGCAGAGCUUUUUUUUUUGGAAAAACGAUUUUUUUAAAUCAAUUUUAAAAGAGUUGCAUUUAUACAAUAUUAUAAUGCAUUUUAUUCAUCGAUCAUGUAAUAAAUUCGGGACACUCGGCGUUCGAAUGGUAGACAGGUGAGUUUUAUUCCACUGUAACGGGUUUAGACAAAACGCAGACAAUUUAUAUUGCGCGCACAGCGUCAGAUCUCGUCUCGUUAUCUCCCGGACCCAUCAGACGGUUUUUGUUUUCGGGAUUGCGGUCCAUUGUGCAUCAGCAGCACCGUGAGUACGAUAACGAUUGUGUGUGUGUGUGUGUGGAUUUUUUAUUUUAUUUCAAACGGUCCGCGGCCAUAUAAUCUGCGUUGUAAAUCUCUCGCAGGCUAAAUGGUAUCCCAUUAUUUUUUUUUUUUACCCCUUUAUUAUAUACCUAUAUAAAGCAAACUCGCGUACAUUAUCUUUUGCGUGUUUGGCCCGCAGGUUCUCUCGUUGCCGACAACAUUCCGGAGAUUUUUUUAUUUUCUUUCCUCCGCUCGUCGUGGUCGUCUCCGUUCAUCGUGUCUGUGCGGAGAGGGAGAGACCGGCUGCGCUGCCACUGCUGCACCUGAUCGUUCUGCACAGUGCACUUGUGUCUCGUUACGAAUGCAAGUCUCGAAAAAACAAAUAUAAUACCUAUAUGUAAUCUAAGAUCGGAUUUAACACGCGGAAAAUUGCCGAGUUUAAUGUAUCUGAUAGUUCCUAUAUAGGGUAUAUUUAUAAUACGGAAAGGGUAAAACACUUUUUCGCUAUAACUAUAAACUUUUUUUUUUUUAAGUAAAAAGAGCAAUUCGUUUUAUUGAGAAUUUCGAAAAAAUUUUGGGGAUUAAAAAAGAACAAAAACACAAAUCUCGCCACUAAAUAUUCACCAGAAUGUGAAAUUAAUUUAAAGAAAUUUAAACAUUAAUUUUUUGCAACUGAUCUGACAUCACGUGUGAUUAAAAAGACUGAUACUGCUUAUGUGUGUGCAACUGUAAGGAAGUUAUAAGGGAGGAUAUAUAAAGUCAUUUAAUGUGUAUAUAUUUAUGAAACGAUAAGUCAUUGUUAACGAAAAACGAUUCUGAGCAAGGUUUUAUAAGUCGCAUAUUUCUUCGUUGCCAAGGUAACUGAGAAAUCUACAAAAAUUGCCAGUUUUUCUGUGAUGUAUUUAUUAAUAAUUAUGAGAUUCGACGUUGCCGUUUAGCGAUAAAUAUUUUUGUUUUAGCAUAGAAUAAUAUGAAAUACAUAGAUAUAAUACAAAACAAUAAUUAUCAUUUUAUGUACUUACAAUAAUAUAUAAUAUAAAUUAAUACUAUAAUAUUACUAUAAUGUAUAUAUUAUAUUCGGGGUUCUACCAAAAUGUCAACAGGUAAAAAUGUCGGGGGGAAAAUGUUGUCCGAAGAAAAAAUGUCCGUAUGAAAAAAUCAGCCGCAUACAAAUGAUCUCUGACUAAUUUUGGGUUUUUGUUGAGCAAAUCCGUAGUUAAAGCGGAAUAGCAGUUCAAUGAAUUUCUUUUCGUGCAUUAUUACCAACGUCGUGUAGUGGUUGAUUUGCGUUUGAUGGUAUAAGAAUACCCAUUCAAAUGUAAUUUUGAUUAAUUUUUAUUAGAUUAGAUUUAUUCAUAAGUAUUUAUCAUAUGACACUCAAAUGUUCCAAAAUAAAAUUGACGUAAAAUUAAAAAAAAAAAAAAAAAAAAACUCUUAUGUUGAAAUUUAAAAUUAAUUUUUGUAAAGUACAACUAUACAGCUGGUAUAUUACAAAUCAAUAAAACAGACCAUCCGACUAGAGAAUGAUAAUGUAAUAAUGUAAAGUAAUAAACCAUAUUAUUAUUUAACGAUAUCGAAUGCUGAUAUAGAAUCACAACAUUUGCGUACAAUGCAAAAAUAAAAUUGUAUAAACUGUACAAUUCGUCAUUACUAUCGUGUCUAAUCAAAAGCAAAACCAAUAGAAAUUAUCAAUAUCAUUGUAAAUGUUAAAGUAAAUAUGGACAUUAUGGACAUUUUCUGCUCGGAUAUUUUUUUUUUCGGACAUUUUAACCUAGAACCAUAAGGGCUUGGAGCAAUAAAAAGAUAACUCCACUUUUUAAAAUGGUUCAGGAUAAAUACAAAACAUUUUCUUUCAAUGAGAAAAAAAAAUGUCAAACAUUCUUUAACAUCUUUUAAUUUUUAUUAAUAGUGCCCGAAAAUAAUAAACACAAUUGGUUUUACUACAUUCAUUAUAUUCUUCAAAAAUAAUCAUUUAAGUUAAGUUGGCAAUUUUCAAAAAAAGUGGACUUAUCUUGUUGUUGCUCCAAGCCCUUCCAUUAUAGUCGAGUAGAUAGUAGAAGUUAUAUUAUUAAUACCGUAUACAUAUUUGACUUUAAAUUACAUAUUAUUUCAUACUAAAAUGGUAAAUGAAAAUAAUUUUCACUGUAACAUAUUGUAUAAUAUUUUGGCUUUAUCGUCGAUACUGUAGCGCCGAAAAGAUCAUUGAUAUGGGCCAACCAUUAUUGUUGCUAUCCCCGACGACUAUUUUUCUAUCAUAAAAUAUUUUUACACUGUACAGCCGACAGGUCAGCAAGCAAUCUUGUUUUAUUUUUUGACACAAUGAGACUGCGAAUUUACGCGGUUUUAUUCUAGUUUUGUUGAAAUUUGAUACACUUGACUUUCAAAUUCUAGAGAAAAGUCGUUUUGUUCUUUAUAUAUUUUCGAAUUCAACCCCUAAAUCUCCUGCAUGAUUUCGAAUCUGCUUAAUACGAAUAAAUAAUUUAAUUUUUUUCAUUUUUGGAUUAAUUAAUUUUUGGAUAGUGAAACAAAUGUCACGGUCAAUAAAAUUGGCACUGGCUAUAGUAAAUAGAUACGAAUUAAAGUAAAUAUUGAAUACCGAUGAAAAUUGUAUAAUUUUUUUCUAAAACGAACUCGCUAAUCGUGUCCACUCAGCUUGCCUGUUGGUACUUUACUUUUAUUGUUUAACUAGCGCUGCUCUGUUUUACAAAAUGUUUAGUAAAUAAUACGGUACGGUUAUAAAAUGUGUUUGACGAGUUUACAAUACGAUUAUAUACAUGAUUAAUUAAAACAUUCCUACUACUUUCUACAGGCAACGUUAUUGAAUAUUUUAAACUCAAACUUUAAAGUAAAUUUAUAACUUUGCUUAUGUACCUAUCCAUAUUAUUUUAAAUUAUAUAAACAUUCGCGGAGUCCAACGUGGACUGUACAACGUAAUUGUUGUUCGUCGAUUAAAAGAGAAACGGCCAUCGAAAUCCCGUGUAAUCGUAUUUGUCCGUAUAAACACUGCCGUACACCUUUCCCUCGGUGUAGGGCAGUGUAGAUCAGCGAAAAAGUUUUGCCAUUAAGACGCAAUUAAUUUUGAAAUUUUUCAAAACCUGAGGGAAUGCGAUUCUUUGGUUUUGACCCAAUUUACGGCAUCGACCCGCUGCUGCUGCGACCCGUUGCAGAUAUAAUGCCGUUUUCCGGGAGCCGAGAUUAUCGGCAUUCUCGGUUCUGCAAAACGUUCUUCUUGUUUUUUUUUUUUUUUCGCAAGUCUCCGCUUAUCGAUAGAAUAUAUUGUUUUUGUUUACAUUUUGACGGUCGGCCCGCGGGCGUUUUCUCCGCCGACGAAAUUCCCCUUUCGGACUCGUGUAACACGCAUACCUAUACCGUAUUAAUUAUUUACGAUAUUAUUUACGGUGGCGCCACGUCGCGCGCCGAGUGUUAUUAUAAGGUCUGGGGCAUUUAUACGCACGAGACCGCGCGGAGGACGAAGGGGAGGCCGAGAUUGCCGUGCGGAAAAACACGCAAAACUGGUUUAGCCGCGGUCCAAUCAUCGUCGUGUCGUUAUUAUGAUUAUUAUGAUUGUAAAUUCGCCAGAAAGGUCAAAAUUAAACGUAACGGGACGCUGCCGCACGGUAUUUAUUUAUUUUUUUUUUUUUAAUAGCGAUAAUAAUAAGCGCUUGUUUUAUUAUUUUUUUUUUUUCCAAACGGACCCGACGAUCUAUUUUUAGACGCCAUACGAAGCGAUCAACUUUUAUAGUAAUACAUACCUACUCAUACAUUAUUAAUUAUGUAUGCGAACUGCAGAGUGAAAAUUUUCACCGGACACAUUACCUAAAUUACCUUAUCAUACGAAUAUUUAUUUAUAAAAUGGAUCGUAUAAAUUAUUACUGUACGUAUUUGCGAACCGCGCAAAUUACGAUGCGCUCGUUUCCCCCCUCCCCGUCCCCUCAUGAUUUAUCACGAACACGCCGGCUGCACGUGCGUAUUUUGCAUUUUAAACGAUUUUUCUUUCGCGGUGCCGUUCACCUUGCCCGGAUCUUCUCGCUAUAAUAUCCGGUGUUCUAUUAGAUGUUAGAAGAAAAAAAAAAUACGGUUCUUUUUGUUUUAUUUGUCUGUAUAAACCAGUGUAGUUAAUGACUGCAAGACUUUUUCCGAUCGAAAACUUCACAAGAGCUUUCGGGUAGCGUUAUAGAUCUAUAAUACAGUGGUAUAUAUCGGAGUGGUAAUUAUUUGAAAUGCCCUGUACUUUAUUCCCGAUAUCGUGGAAUUGUCAAAAUCAUUUUUAUUGUAAUUCGGCAUGAUAAAUAACCGUAAACCGAAACAUCCUUUCUGGCUAUUCUUAAGUUAUUAUUCACUUUUCCCCGUAAAUAGACUAUUUGUAUCUGUUCUAUAAUAUGACGUGUUCUCCGCUGUUUUCGGAUACUUUUAUUGGUGGAUUGUAGUGAUAAAAGUUGAAUUGAAUUUCAAUACGAAUUUGCGGUCGACACAAGUUUUUGGUAUUUUUAAAACGAACGUUUUUUUGUUCAUUUGUAGGUUACCAAGGUGACACGGACGAAAAGAAAAAUGUAUUAUAUUAUUUAAUUUGGUUGUUACAGAUAAAAAAAGUAUCGGGCAACAAUGAUUAACUUCGAUAGGGAUGAGGUUGGUGGAAACGGGGAGACACGUUAAAUCGAACUUAUUUUAUCGGUUUCUGUUUUCGAAAAGACUGAGCCCGGAAAAUACCGGGUAAUUCAGCUAGUGUUACACAUAAAUUAUAUAUCGUAUCGAAUUUCGUUGUCGAUAGUUUUCAUUAAACGACAAAAUGUACAAAACGUAUAUCUAGUGGCUACACAAUUAUUGCGGUUUCUGCAGUAUGUAUAUGUAUACGUGACGAUUAAUUUUAAUCCGGUCGACAUUUUAAAAUAAUUUUAUACCGUUUUUAAAAACGGGUAUUGUAUAUUUUGUCCGGUAUAACGGUUGAAAUUUAUGAUCAACAUUAAGAUAUAUAAUAUUAUACUUUAAUGGUUGGUAUUAAAUGAGACGCGUAUAUUAUUAUAGCGUACACUUACUUCUUUGUGUGUACACAAUAAAGACGAGAAACGCGUAAUAAAUUUUAAUGCGUUAUUUUUCUUUUAAUAAAAAUAAUAACACUUCCAUAUAGUUUAUAUUUACUUGAUUAAUUUCGUUACGAGAAUUAAGUUUACUAUUAUGGACGGGCGGAAAAAACCACGGCUCGUAAAAAUAAGUUACCUAGUAGACAGUAGUUAAUUCCACGGUCGAUUUUGUGGCAUUUGCCGUUUCUGUAUUUUUAACGGGCCGUUUAUAGCGAAAAUUUAUUGACGUAAAACAAACGAAAAUGCGUUUAAAUACGGUUUCAGAGAUAAAACACCUAUAUGCUAUAAAAUGUUUAGAUGGCGACAUUAUUUCAAUAUUCUAAUCAAUUGCAGUGUCCUGUCAUCGUGUUUUUAUCUGCCGGAUUUUUGUAUACAGUAUUUAAAUAAUUAAAUUUUGCUUUGUUCUAUAUAAUGUAUUGUACACAAGCUAGGAGACACCCCCUUCUAACAACCAGCUUGCUUUAAGUGAGGGGUAAUCGACUCAUUGUAUUGUAUCGUACUUAUGUUUAUAUCUUGUUACCUUUGUCGAGUUGAAAUACAUAAAUAAAAUAAAAAUAAAUUAUUUUUGGAAAAGUUAUUAGGAAUAAAGAACCACCACCAGGCGUAAAUCUUUUUAACGUAUAUAACAUGAAAAAAAUCUGAGCGUUUUUAUUGGCCGGAAAAAACGUUUUCCGAGAAAAACACACGCGCGCUAUGAUAUUUCACUGUGGCAAAACUAAUUGUUGCUGCACUCAGUUAUUUGAAAAAAUAAACUAUACGAGUGGGUAAAUUUUUCGCGGUCGUGACGACGCGGUGAUUGUUGCUUCGUCCCGUUCUGCCAACGGUCACCUCUCCGACCGAGUGCCGUGCAGUACUAGACGAUGGCGAUGAUAAUAAUAAUAAUAAUAAUAAUAAUAACAAUAACAAUAUAAUCUCGCACCGCACAGCAAAAUCCGAGUUCAGGAAGUAUUGAAAUCCGCCGGGAGUCACGAUCGUUCGGAAAUUCCGGAUAAUUAUUUAUCGAUUAAAGGAGCAAAAUUGCUGCGCGCGCGCCGUCUCGGCGCCCGUCGUCCGCCGGGCCGCGCGGAACGACCCGUUUUAAUAGGCCAAGAGGACGAUGAGCGCGGCCACCGCGGGUCCAUGACUAAGAUUAUUAUAAAUAAUAUUUUACGAGCAAUAGUGUAAUGUUAUUCAGGUAUACUCUGCGUAGAAAAUACACAACUCGAGCCUUGAAAAGUAUUAUUUACGAGUUUGCUGGACACAAAAAACACAUUCGUACACACACACACACACACACACACACACACACGCGCGCACGCACACAUAUUAUUAUCAUUUUCUUUCUUCUCUCAUCGCACAAUAAAAAAUUAUUACGAAACGCGCGAUAAUAAUAAUAUUAUCGUUUCAACCUUCGAAAACGCCGCGUAUACCACUUAUCUGCGCGCUCGUACACAAACACAAACAUCAUAUGUAAUUUAAACGAUCGCGGAUUAUUUGUGUAUUUUUUUUGUCCGUAUAGGUAAACGCGAAACUAAUUAUUACCGGUUUUUUCAAACGCGAAACCCGACGAACUUGACCUCCGUAACAAUACGCGCGAAGAGCUUUCUAAAGUCGGAAGUGACGCGCGUGGAGAUUGCCGCGGUGUUGUACUGCAUAUGCGAUCAUUAUCGUGUGUGUUUUAGAUUUUGCCUAUGUUAUAUACUUUUUUUUUUCUGCCUAUAAACAAAUUUUCUGCCGGAAACCUUCCUCGGUUGUUCAAGUGCAACGGAGAAUCGGUGAGGUUGUUUGGUUUUGUGACACCGUGAUCGUUUUCUAUUACAAUUUUUUUUUUUUUUUAAUCGUUACUUGAACCAUAAGUAUCCACGUCCCAUUUUUAUUUUAGAUUCUGCGGAACAUAGUAAGUGCUGUUUUGGUUUUACUGUGCGUGCUUUAUUUCUAUUGUUGUUUUUCUGUAUGUUUACAAUUUUGCUUCCAUAAACUUUGCUCCGAUUCUCAAGUGAAGAUAAAAGGAAUAAAAACAAAAUCAAAAAUAAUAAAACCAUUAUUUCCGUAAACUUUUCCGUUUUUUCUGAGUUUUGUUUUGGUUUUCUCAGUUAUUAUGAAAACUACUAAGAAAAUAAAAAAAUGCCAAUUGGGUAUAUCUACCUGACAUAGUGAAGUUUGGAGAUAUCGUUUCGGAAGACUUUGAGAUUGGGUUGGGGCUUGGGCAUGGUGAUGCCUUUUCCCCAGCUCUAUUCAAAAUAGCGUCGGAAAUAGUUGUAAGAGUUACAACGAAUGAAGUCCGUAUAGUUAAAAUCUAAAAAAAGCCACCCACCGGACCAGGAAAAUAUAUCUUUCUAACUCCGGAGGCCAGUCCGCCACUGAACCUAUGAUACUAGUUCAUCCCUCUCUAAUGAUCCCCAUUGUUUAAAUGCAGCAUCUUUUUUUAAAGGAAAAUUUAUCUAGUUAGUGUAAUGAGGAGGUCAUUUUUUGAUUUUCUUUGUAGUAAAAUUGGUAAGACUGGGGAAAAACAUAAGAAAAACGACGGAAAUGACAGUUUCACAUUACUUUAGAUUUUGUUUUUAUUUAUUGAGAUUCGAGUAAAGAUAAUCGUAGAGACUUGAAAUUUCCAUAGAAUACGUUUUAGAAUUAGUUUUUUCUAAAGGUUCAAAUUUUCAAAACAUUCUGGCAAUUUUUGAGCUAUAUUUAGGCAUCUGAUCUUUUCGAGGUUAGUUUGGUUUUUAUUUGAUUUAAGUGGAUACAAUUUUUUGGUCAAACAGGAAUAAUCGAAAAUUAUACGUGAGGUUUAUCAUACGUUGGAUUUAGUGGUAAAAGUUGAACGUAAUGUAGUAUUUUUCAUUUUUUUUUUUUAUAUCUAAUCGAUUUAAGAUCAAAUUUUGAUGAAAAUCGUAAAUACGAGAAUUACGGAAUUUCAAAUCAUGUAUUACCUACUGAAAUUUGCUCAGAAACGUAUUUCGUUAGCAAUAAUUUAUCGUUGUUUAUAGAUAUAAAUCGAUUCAUUAUAUGUAUUCUAACUUCUUUUUUUGCCAUCUGAUUUUGAAUAUUGAUUUUGACCUGACGUUUGCUUUGAUCAAAAACUUCGUUUGACCUUUUUUGUAGAUUUGGAUUUAUUUGGUGCGUUCUGGAGGUCAGUGGCGUGGCGAAGAUUUUUUACCUAUGAAGCUAAAAAAAUUAGGGUCACAUUUUUGGAGAUUUUCGGGAGCCUAGUACCGGCUUCUAUUUUUCUUACGUUACAUUUCCAUGGCAGCUUCAUUAAAGAUUAUCCCCUAAACAAUUUUUUUAUGCAUAUAACUAUACUUAUCGAAUACCGAAUAGCCGCGAACCUUACAUAAUUACUCAUUUUAAUUUCCUCGAAUAAUUAUUUUUUAUUAUAGAUUAUGUGUAUCUAGGUAAAAUUAAUUUAAUACGUUAAAGAUCAUAUUAUAAUUCAUGAGUCACUCAAAUCAUCUACGGACCCACUGAAAUUAAUUCAGAAGCCAUGGUCUCUCAUAAUGUCCUUCAUCAUACUACUAGUAUUGAUGGUUUUUUUUUUUAAAUUCCACGUACUUUUUUGUAUAAUAUCGGUGAAACAACGCCAAAGGGUAAUUUAUUUGUCGUUUCCCGGAGUGAAAAUUGUUAUUUAUCGAUUUUCCUUUUCAACUGAAACUCUUCUUUUUUUUUUAUCAGGUAUAUUAUUUCGUUGAUUGCGUUUUUAUGAAAAUAGUACUGUUGUACGCAAGUGUAUUGUAGAAUUUAUAUUUAAUGCGUAGCGUUUACAAUGGCGGUCUGAUUUUUUCAGAAUUAGUUUGCCCUGCCAUAUUGUUCGUAGUACCUACCUAUUUGUCGUACCAAAAUUAACGUUGUUUAUUAUUUACGAUUUUCCUAAAUAAAAAAUAUUUUGAUACGUUUCGUGACAGAGAAAUUUCGUUUGUAAUACUGUUGUGUGGGUAAUUAUAUUUUGUCGGUAUUUGUCAAAUUUUUUCUGAGACUAUUGCACGACUGAAUCGUGUUAGAUUUGUUUUACCGGACACUCUGGACUAAAAGAACUCAUCAAACUCAAGAAUUAUAACACAUGUAGUACUGAAAAUUAAAAUAAUUUAAGUGACUAUAAUGUACUUUUUGUUUGGCAAAAAAGCAUAUGUCAUAUACUUAUAUUAUGGCUGAAGUAUUUUAGAAUGCCAUAUAAUUUAGCUAUUUUCAAAAUUGAAUUUCCUUGUAUUGAAAACUAUAUAAAAUUAAUUUAAGCCUUGCUUCCUUGAGACCAAUGAUGUUUUGUAUACUAUUAUAUAGUAUUUGAUUAUUUAUAUUGAUUUACAACAAAUACUUUUGUAAUUAUUAAAUAAUAAUAUAUUGCUCAUAUGUCUAAUAAUAUGAAUUAUUAGUGGUCAGUAAAUGAAUAGUAUUACUGUUUAAUUAACAAUACUUAUUUUCUUCAAAUUUAAUAGUCUAUACUUAUCAAUAAAAUUAAUAAAGUUAUAAUGUUAUGUUUAUCUUUAUGAAAAACUGUUAAACAUCAUUACCAUUAUUGAUAUCUAAAUAACAAUAAAUGUACAAUCCUAACCCCCCCCCCCCAAAUAUAUGACUCAUUAUACACUCAUAACCUAUUUUGCAGUGCCGUUGUCAGAAAUAUCAUCAUAAGGUGGAUGAGCAUCCUUUUUUUAUUACUUGCAUUUUUAGAAUGAUGAAAUUUACCAAUAUAACCCAAGUUACCAAUCAAAGUAAGUUUGAGGAGUACCUAAUAAUAUUGUACUGUGAUAAUAUACCUAAUGAUUAUCAGUUAUCGCUGUUAGAUGUAUACAUUAAAAAAGGAAUUAAUAAGCAUGCACUUGUGCACUUAAAUAUGAAUUUUAAAGUUUAGCAGUAUAUGUUUAUACAUCUAUUAAAGUUUUAAAACUAUGCGAAAGAAAAAAAAAAUGUCUUAAAACAAAUUCAGUUUAUUAAUAAUUAAUUUUAAAAGAUAUUUUAUUUUAUUAUUUUAAGUAGAUUGAUUGCGUACGCACGUGUAUCGGUUGAGGGCAGUAAUGGUAGCGAUAACAUCGUUUCCGUGGUAUUGCCAUUAAACCCAUAAAACCCAUCAAUAGUUAUACGAGGAUAGAAAUAAAUCGAAACAAAUACUAAGAUUUUGUAAACAUGUUCGGGAUAGCAAAUGUGAAAUAAUAAAUUUUCAGGAAUUUAUCCAGAAUAUGCAUUAAAACUCAACUACACGUUUGGCAAAUAUGUUAAAAUAUACAAAAUAUGCACUAUCAAACUUAAUAUUUUAGGUUGUGAGUGAAGCGAAGACACAAAGAUAUAUAUAUUUUUUUUUAUCUGUGCGCAACUUUUCUACUAGUAAUUUGCUCUGAUUUACAAUGAUAGCACUUUUUCUGAAAAGAAUUCUUAGUUGACUGGGACGGUACAUUAAAGACGUUAUUUUUCGAUUUUCUCAAGAGUAUUCCCUGCAAAUGUGAAAAAUCUGAGAAAAAAUAUGGGUAAACCGGGAAAAACGGUAGAUUAAACAAGUAUUAUUAAAGAAAAUAUAUAAUACCUAUUUAAUUAUUUCACUAUAAUAUGACAUAUGUAUAUAUUGUUGACAAAGCAUCACUAUCAAUUGAAUUCCGCUCAGAGUUGUUAUUUAGUUAGCAAUGGUUAAUCGCUUACAGGUAUUCAUUAAAUUACCUAUAACAGUGGCUGCACCCGUCCCCAUUAUCCUAGGACAAUUUUUUUAGAACUUUUGUUUUGAAACGGAUUUGUACCUCACAUGUUUUCCUAUGUAGUAAAAAAAAAAAAAAAAAACACGCAAAUGCAUGAACUCUUGCGAGUCACGAUUAUCACUAUAGUGAUUUUAUUAAUGUAGGUAAUUAUAGCUCUAAUAUAUUAUUGAAAUUAAUGCAAUAGGGGGAAAUAUAAGGUGUAAAAUAUUCCAACUACUUCCAAAUAACGUAUAACAAGUCUGAAAUAAGGCCGUUAACUAUAUUGGACGAAAGUAUGUUGUAUGUUGGUGUCAACUUCACGUACGUAGUGUUUUUUCCACGCGCUCGUUGCAGCUAUCCGAUAAAUAGGCUUGAAAACAUUGUUACGCGUUUUCAUAAUAAUUAGGUGCGCAUUCGAUUGGAUAUCGCACGCGUAUCAGUAAAAAUAAAAAAAAAAUAUUAUUAAUUAACAAACUGCCCGUGAAAUAAUUGAAUGGUUCAUGACCGUAAAUUGAUCGUAAAAUUUUCAAUAAAUUAUUGUGUUCUGAUAAAAAAAUUAAUUAGAUUUCCGCCGAACCGAUAAUAGGCAAUAAUAAUAGUAAUAAUAUCUACCUAAUAAUAAUGGUCCUGUAUAUUAUAUUAUAUAUGCAUUAUUAAUUAAUAAUAAUAAUGCUGCUUCUGAGUCAUAAUAUUUCGUGUCGUGUGCGUAAUCGCUGAACAAUUUUUCCCUAAACAAAAAUUAUUGAUGUAUGUUUUUCACUCUGUAAACACGUUAUCGAUAACUUAAUUAUUCACCUUUGUUGCAUCAUGUAUAAAACAGUUUUUUCUCUCUCUCGAUAUUAUCAUAAUAAUUAGCAUAUACAAGUCUGGUCAGAGAACAUAUGAUUAUAAUACAUAUGGUAGGUAACCGGUUCGGUUUAAUAAAAUAAUAAUAAUAAAUUAGGUAAUGUUAUUAUGGGAUAAAAACGUUAUUGAUAGAUAACACAUUUUUCGGAUGUUUUUUAUUGACCUGAGAUUAUAAUACUGAGAUCACUGGUGAUCACUCGAGUUUCCCAGAAAUUGUUAGUUCGAAUUAAUAAAUUAGUAAAUUAGUGUUUUUAUCAAACCGUUAUCAAACAAAAAAUAAAAAAAACGAUAUUUAAUACGAUUAUUAUAAUAAUUAUUUUUCUUUUUCUUUCGAUUACUUGCUGUAAUUGGAUUAAUGUUGGAUAUAUUAUAAUUUUAAUAUUUGAUUAAGAAGCCGGAUGUGAAAAAAAAAACGUGUUUGAGUUUGACUUUUUUUUUCGUUCCUUUUUAUCUAUUAUAAUAUAAACUUUAUAGGUUAUCGAAUUUUUAACCAAUUAUUAGUUUUAAAGUACCUACCUACCUACAGUAUUCUUAUAAACAUAUUCGUGGAAUUAUUUUCGAAUCAUUUUACAUUCAAAUUUACUUUUUUUCGAGGUUUUUGUCUCAAAUUUUUUAUUACUCGCACAGAUAAAUUUGCAAUUUAAAUAAUGUAAACUAGGUAAAUUAUUCUAUGACAAAAAUUUAGAAAAAUAUAAGCAUAUUAAUAUUAUUUUGUAUAACUGUUCGAAAUUCGAAUCGUACAGAAUCGUAUAUUCUUAUAAAGAAUGUCAUAAAAUGAUGUACAGAAUUUAUAUGUUAACUACGGAAUAAGAGUAAAAUACAGUGUUUGAAAUGGAAAAAAAUCAGAAGAGGGAAGCAAAAGUGUAAAACAAAUUUGUUCAUCUUAAAACUUAACUGUAUUUUAUUUGUAAAAAUCUAUUCAGGGUGAGAAACAAGAAGGUGGGUGAAUAGGGGUAUGGAAUAUCAAUUCCCGAAAUUUGGAAAUUAUUAGAAUACUGAAUCGACAGUGCAGCAGUGAACAAUUUUUAAUUCGAUUAAACCAUCAUAAUUUCUUUUUUGGUAGGUAUAAUUUUUUUAUUUUAUUACAUGACUAUCAUUAUAUUAUUAUCGUCGAAUUUAUUAUUUAACCAAGAAUAAUAAAAAAAAAAAAAAAAAAUUGGUAAAUUAUUUUCUGAAACAACUCUUUUGAUUUUUGUUAAUGGCUUUGUGUCCAUUAUCAAAAAUUAGAAAGGGUACGCUAAAAUAUAUUCCAUCCCACCCUCUUCUCCUAAUUGAAGCACUGAUAAAAUUUCAAACAAGUAUUUAAAAAACAGCGAACAUUAUACGAUUCUAUUUAUGUAAUGACAAUCCUCCCGAUGUCAAAUUUAAAUAUACUCGAAAUCGCCGUAUGGAUUUAACGGAUGCAGUUGUUUAAUGUGAUAAAGGUAUACCCUGUAUACAUAGUAUAUAUUUUACGGCUAAUUUUGAAAAUUGGAUAAUGUUCUCGUUCGAUCAGUCAAAUUUUCUACUGUUAUUUAAUAAUGGAGUGAUUUGGCCUUUUAUCAAUCACAAUAUUUUAAUAUUAUAUUCAAGUGUGACACGAAUAUGUAAAAGAUUUAAACACUAUUCAAACAUAUUUGAAUAUCGUUAAAAAAAUUAAAACUUCGAAAAAAACCAAAGUACAAACGCAGAAAACGUACUAACCUUUAAGUUUUAUAAUCAAAUUUACUUUAAUAUCAAAACGUACAUCACAAAAUCGGUUUUACUGAACAAAAAUUUGACAUUAUUCAAUUGUCAACAUUAGCUGUAAUAUACAGGGUGCCAUACAAUGUUAUCCAAAUGCUAAUAACUCUGUCAAUAUUAAUGUAAUUUGUUUUAUUUUUUCAAUAGGAUUUUGCUUCAGGAAGACACGCACGUAGAGAAAAAUUACAUUUUUAUUUUUAUCUUUUAAUCACUGAAAAAUAUCGCCUUUUAUUUUUUCACUUUUUGAUUCCUAAAUAGCCGAUUUGUCAAAUAUAUUUCUCUAAAAAUUUUAUAUGCCAUUAUUAUAUAUUCGAUAAAUAUAGUUUCUUAGUAAUAGUGGUUUUUAUUUCUAGAAAAUCCACAUGAAAACAAUUAAUUUUCAUUUGAAUAACACGUUACGCGAUAAGGAGUCACAAUCAACACGGUAUCUCCUUAUCUUCUAUUAAAUAUUCAUUUUUUUCACGACUAUUUUUCUAUAUAUUAAAUUCGCUAUUACUAAGAACCUAUUAAUGAGAUAUUAAUGUAUGAUAAAUUCACAUUUUUUAGAAUAACGUUUUUUAUAAUUUUUAAAAAGUGAAAAAAUAAAGUUAUUUUUAUUGGAAAUGAAAAUUUAAUUUUUCUCUACAUUUGUGUCCCCCUAACACAAAAACCGAAAACGAAAAAAAAAAAAUGAACAUUAACAGAGUUAUUAGCAUUCGGAUAACACUGUAGGACACACAGUAUGUAGUACGUAAUAAUUAUGUAUUGAUAAACUAGAAAAGUCGUAUGAAUAAUAAAUACGCGAAACCGAUAAAUUAUAAAUGUAAUGUGUAUUGGUUAAGUGAGCUUUUUUUCUUUAUUUGUAUUGCGUUUAAAAAUAAUACCGACGAAAAACACAUAGUAAUCGCGUAAAGAAAAAGAAAGACACACCGCACCACUAUAUAAUGUACGUGCAGUUGAAUGAUUGUUUUGUAUUAUUUUUUUCGCCGACUUUGAGCAAAUGACGGGUUAUCAGUCAUGUAAUUGCGUUAUUUUUACGCCAUCACGCGAAAAAGGAUCGCUGCAAUAUAAUAAUACUAAUAAUAUCACGGUUUCAAGGUUAAAGUCGAAAUUUCGAGCAUGUUCAUACACAUUAUGUAUGCUACAUUGUUGUAUACUCCCAGAAAAACACUGCACCACACGAAAACACGUCCGAGAUGAUACGAUCCCCGUGUAGGUAAUAUACGUAUAUUAUACAAUAAUAUAAUACAGACGGCGACGACGACGACGAUUGCGAUCUCUCGGCGUGACCUUCGAAAAUGAUAUAAUAGACGGCAAUUUUAUUAUUUUCAUACAGAAAAAGAAUAGUAUUCUACGUGUGCAUCUAUAUUAUAAUGUACAGAAACCGAAUGCCGGAAAAAUUGUUUCGCGGAGCGUAAUAAUAAUUAUAUUGAUUAGGAAUCGCGCAAAUUGCAUAUACGAUAUAUCUGCGUUUUAUCGUUAUUAUUGUUAUUAUUAUUAUUGCGUACGGGGUACGGGUGUAUAGUGUAAAUGUAUUGCGAAAAAUAUGCACUUUCAACACACUGGGUGUCCCCGUUCGAAUGUACAACGGAUCCGUUGAAAUGUCGUGCACCUACCAGCUCGUCGAGCGUAAUACGACAUGCGUGUAUUGUACGUUUGCCGAUGUAGGUGUCUCGCCCUGCCCGAUUUUUCGUCGGACCCAAUUUCAGAUUCUUAGUGGAGCGAAGAAGCUCAUGGUUUUACAGAGGUGUUUACUUUUUUUUUUAUUUUUCCGCGGACAACUUUUCUACCGGAAAUCUCGCUCCGAUUUUUAAGCGCAACACCUUUCCCGAAAGGCAAUCGGACUGGUGGGUAGGUGCUUUAGGGAGGUGAUUUUUCGAUUUUCCCAGGAGUUUUCUCAACGAAUUUAUAAAACCAGGAAAAUAGGUACAAUAUUAAACAGUUAUUUUUAAAGAAAAUAUAUAAUGCCUAUGUAAUUAUUUUACCAUGGCAUAUAAUAUAUUGUUGACAAAGUAACACUACCAACUGGACUCCGCUCAGAAUCGUUUUUUCGUUAGCAAUGGUUAACGAUUGUUGUUUACAGAUAUACAUUAAAUUUCCUCUCUAUUACCUUUACAACAGUGGCUGCACCCAAACGUUUUUUAGUAUAAAACUAUAGCUGUAUUACUGUUGACUAUGUCCACGCCUCGGCCCGUGUGCAGUUUACAUGUUCUUACAGUGUAGUCGGUGUAAGCCCCUAUUUUUGUCCUAUUUUUUUUUUCAUUUAUUUUUACCCAUAUUCAUUUUUGGUUUUGACCGUGUCAGAAUUGAAUGCAAACAUUUAGGUGGAAAGUUGGUAGUCUACUUUCGGCGGACUAAAAGCGUUCUGUUGUGAAAUGUUAAUAAUGUAAAUAAUAGUAUAAGAAUUAUAAUUGUAAUAGUUUUCUUAUCCGUAAAAACCAAAUUAUCAUCAGUCUCACUAAGGUGACCCUUGAACAAACCAAAAUGUAUUGAUGACAAAACACAACUAUCAACUGAACUCCGCUCAGAAUCGUUUUUUCGUAAGCAUUGGUUUAUUGUUUUUACCAUUAAAUUAUUUAUAACAAUGGCUGCACCCGUCUCCAUUAUCUUAGGACAUCUUUUUUUUUAACGUGUUUCUUCGUGACAGUCCCCGUUUCUAUCCGUUUUUUCCCGAUAUAUAUAAAUUGAAUACUGCAAAUAGUGUUUUUAAGUGUUAUUAAGUGUUUUCUUACACGUGACAACCAAAUUAUCAUUCAUGUCACCAAGGUAACCUAAAAGUAAUCAAAUAAAAUUUAAUUUUUAUUCCGAAAAUACCAAAAACACAGUGACAGCAAUCCUUUAGAGAUGUCAAUUUUUAAAAUCCUUCCUACUACGGUAUAAAAGGUAUUUAUUACUACCAAGUUUCUAAUCCCAGGGGUUUAGGUUAUGCGUUGAGUUUCUGUCAGUUAGUCAGUCAGGAUAAAGUCGCUUUCAUAUAUAAAGAUAACUGUUUAUUAUAUAGUGUGAUCCGUUUAUCAGAUUGCUAUUUUUUAUUUAAUAACUAAAAAGAGGGGGACGGGUAUGAUAAUUGUGUAAGUUGGAAGUUGGAAAGGUAGGAAACAUAAAGAUUAAUGUUACCUAAUUAAUAUCUGUAAGUAACGAUAAAUCAAUGCUAAUGAAAAUCGAUUCGGAGCAAAUUCGGCUAUACAUGUUUUGAAAGUCCUUAAUUUUUACGAUUUCAGUAAACAUUGUAUUUUAAAACGCGCAUUAAAAAAAAAAUGUUUUAAACAAUUUUAUACCACGUUUAAAAUAAGCUAUACUCUGUGUUGGUUUUUAACUAAUUUCGAAUAAUAAUUUAAAUCAGAAAGUUUCAAAUACGGGUUUUUUUUUUAUUAUUAUGAAAAUAGUUUGGAAAAUCAAAAAAUAUAUCCAAAAAUCAAUGAAAAGUGGUAUCUUUUUAAUUUUAGAUUAAAGUAUAAUUUCUGGGACUUCUGGUAGAAAAGUAGUUUACAAACACAUACACACACACACACACAAAAUACAAAUGUACACUCAUCAUUGUUAAACCAAUAUAGAUUCCUCAAUAUGCUUCGAAUUUAAAACCAUAAAUUAAAUAAAUUAAAAAAAUAGGACAUUGUAUAACCCUAAUAAUUGAAAUAAUAGAAAUAAUAUUUAAAAAUAUAAUUUUCUUUUUCCCACUUUAACCUUGGUUUUAUGUUGAUAUUAUAAUACCUCAAUAUUGUUUUAUCAGAGUUCGUAUUAUUAUGUUCAAUUUACAUAAUACAAUUACUGAAUCCAUUAUGAAAACUUAAUUACGAUACCUAUUCCGUCACUAAUGUCACAAUCAUCGUGUAUGGGUGCGCGAGUGUACCAGCAAACCUUAUAAUUAUAAUUAAUAUCUAUAUGACACGACCAUAAAUUAUAUUAAUAUUAAAUGAAAUUAACGUUUAAUAUAAUUGAUUAUUGAUCUAAAAACUUAUUUUCCACUAAAAACUUAACAUAUGUAUGCAGAUAUGUACUAAAAGUACCUAAAUAUGUCAUUAAAAUAUUCUCUACAAAAAUAAAAUAACAAUAGUAAAAAUCAUAUUUUAAAUUUCUUAAAACAGUAUGAAAUCAUCCUCAAUUGUGCUCUAAAAAUGUAAGAAAAUUUUAAAAUAUAGGUACACAAUAUUACUUACAAAACCAAAAUAUGCAAAAUGAAAGUUUAUACGUACAAACUUUACAAACGAUUCUAUUAUCUUUAUUAUACUAAAUUUUGGUAUAAACUAGCUUUUUUUUAAAUCAAUCAAUAAAAACACGUAAAUGCGUGUAGAUAUCUGAUAUAAUUAAAUAAUAAUAAAAAAAAAUAACUGAUACUAGGUACGGGAGUACCACUGUUGUAGGUAGGAAGUGGGGAAGGUACAAUACAUAAAGUUAUUUAAUUUAUAUCUGUAAUCAACUAUAAACCAUUGCUAACGAAAAAUGAUUCAGAGCGAAGUUUGGUUAUACAUAUAAAUACAUGUUUUUAAAAGCCGUAAUGUUUACGAUUUUCGUCAUAAUUUGAUAUUAAAACUACUAUUAAAAUAAAAUUACUACAUUACAAUCUACAUUUUUGUGUUUGACUACUAAGUACAACCUAUGAUGAAAUUCUUGUUAAAUGUUCAAGCAUUUCGGUUUAAUCUAACAAUUUUAUUUACAGAGUACCUAAGAAAUAAAAAUUACGUAAAAAUCUCCCAAAUAAAAUGUUUAUUUGGAAUGGUUCAAAUGUUUUGAAAAUUUGGCCACGUCUAGAAAUAGCAAAUACAAGUUUUUGUCAAAAUUUCAAAUUUUUUCAGAAAUUUUUAACAGAAUUAAAACUAAAAAAACAAAAUUGAAAAUAACAAAACUAUUAUUUUCAUAAAUUUUUCCGAGCUUUCUAUAUUUUUUUUCUAGUUUUGCUCAAUUAUUAUGAAAACUACAAAGCAAAUUUGAAUACCGACUUUCUUAUUCACAAACUAGAUUAAAAAUGCAAUAAAAAAAAGUCUCUUGUUGUUUUUCGCUUGAAAAAAUAUUUCUAGUAGAUUUAUCAUUUUUAAUUUUUUGGUUUUACCCGAUUUUUCCAAAUUAUUAUGAAAACUACUUAAAAAAAAAAAUCGUUACAACAACUAGAUAAAAUUUCCUUUUAAAAAAGGUGUUACACUUGAUACUUGAAUAAGAUUUCCGGUAGAAAAGUUGUUCAUAGAAAAAAAAAUACAUCAUAGUAAAACUAAUAGACCCCUCUCUCGAUACGCUCCGAACCUAAAAUUAAAUAAACUAAUACUACAUAAACUAAUAUUUUGAAAUUUUUUUUUUUUUGCUAAAUUUGUUACGACAUUUUGUAUUAAUUUUUAAAUUUUAUUCGCGAUGUUUACGUAUUCGGUAGGAAUUUUAAUAUAACUACUUCAAACGUCCAUUAAAAACCAAAAAAAUGUGGAAUAUUAUAGCAUAGUGCGUAAUUAUUAGCGUCGUGUUCGUAAUUAAUUAAUAUUUGUUUUGUUUUUCGUUUAUGACAAGUCACGAUAGUUCAUUAUAACAUAUAUAUAUAGUUGAAAUGAGCUGAAAACGUAUAUUAUAGGUUAGCUUAAUUUUUUUGACUAUAAUACAUGUCUACCUGACUGCAAGUCUGUUGUAAUAAAAAAUAUGUAGAUGCAGAGACUAUUCCCGGUGCAUACGAGUCGCCUCUCAAAAUAUACGAAUUGCCUCCCAUCGUUAUCGUAAAUAGAAAUGUUUAUAUACACUAGUUGAAUCCGACGAUUAGGUAGUUCAAAAUUAUAUACGAGUCGCCUCCCAUAUUGAAUAAAACAGUGGUUCAUAAACUAAACUGAAUUUAGUAUAAUAUUUAUAAUUUUAUUAAAAAUAACAAUAUCAAUGGUGAAUAAAAAACAUUUGGUAAUAUAAUUCUUCAAUAAAAAAAAACACAAUAUGGUAAUAAAUGUUUAACACGUUUUCCCUUUUAACCGACCAUUUCCCGAAUUUCAAUAUGAUCCAUUAUUCAAAAAACUUAUAAGAAAAUUUUAAAUCGCUGGUUAAAUAUAAAUUCGAACGACGAGUGUUGAAACUCAACUAACGAGUAACGACAGUUAUCAUUACAGUAGAGUAAUCUUUAAUAUUAAUCGUACAAUCUUAUCAAUGCACAAUCAUCACAAAUCAUACGAUUGGUCGAUUCCCUUUUCCGCAAAAUUAACGAAUUUAGUCUAAUAUCCGAAUAUUAAUGGAUGAUGAGAUAUAAUCAUAUCUAACAAUUAUUGUUUAUUGAUAAGACAAAUUAAUAAAUUAAAAAUCUAGAAAGUUUUUUUCUAUUUAUGUAUGAUACAAAUUUUUUUCAUUAUUUAUUGAAUUUAUGAUAAAAAUAGUUGUUAAUACGCGCAUAAUAAAUAUUUUCAUCACAUUUUCUUACACAAAGUAUAUCAUGGUGUGACUAGCUAUUUUAAUUCAAUUUCAAUAUUUAUAUUUAUUUUUUUCAUACAUUUUCAGUUAUGAUUUCGUAAAAUACAUAGUAUAUAACGAUUGUAAGUUGUAAGAGUGUACCUAUAAUAUGAUCUAUACUAUAGAUACAAUAUAGAUUCUAUAGCAUAAAUAAUAUGACAUUUAUAUUUAUGUGAAAUUUGUUAAUUUAACUCAAUUUAACCUCCCGCUGUACAACCAUACAUUUUUAACAUUUUGAAAUUUGUUUAUAAUACAACAAUAAUAAUUUAAUAACAAUAAUAAAUAAUCAUUCAUUAGUAUUCGAAUAUUAGAUAUCAUUUUUUUCAAUGGCGGAAAGGUGAAUUGGCGGUAAAGCGAAAAUAAAAAUAUUAGACAGAAAAAAAAAAAAAUUAAAAUUAAAAAUUUCAAUUAGUACAUUAAAACCAUCGUCUAAUUUAUUAGUGUACUUAAUUAUACGCCAACUGUUAGUACGAACUCAAAAAUAGACCCCCCUUAGGUUAAAAUGUCGAUGAUUGUUUUAAUGAGAUCAUUAAGAGAAUGUCAAACGUAACAGGAAUACAAGAAUGUGAAAUAUUUUUUCGUACAAACUUGAAUUUGGUACUAUAAUAAACAUGUGCAUUUUGAUCAAAUGUUCGUUGAACAGUUUUUUUUUUAUAUGUAUCAUCGUCUACGGAUUUUAAUUUUAAAUUAUAAACGAAGCGAAGAAGCUAUAUGUAAAAGUUUUACUCUGAUAUGUGUGUUUUUUUGUGGAAAACCCUUUUUUUUACGCAGUACCUCGAGGAGGAAUUUUCGUCUGGUAGUAAUUUAUUUGAUAAAAAUGUCUGCAUUCCGAACGUUUUAAAAAGCUUGUAACAAAAUAUGUAUACACAUUUAGGUUUUUUUUUGUUAAUUUCUGUGUAAAUUUGGCCAUUAUGGAACAAAAUAACAUGAUUAAUAUACGGUAAUAUACGGUACUAAUACUACUUUUCUCAGAAUCUCAGAAUGAUUGAUCGUUGUAUACAGUAUAUGAAUUAGUGUACACCAGUUAGACAAGACAAAAACAAAAUAAUAUCAAAACAAGUUCAUAAUACGUUGUCUAAUUAUAGCUUAAGAGAAAUGUAGACACUUUAGACAGUAUCAGUUAUGACUGAUGGUAUUUACAAAAAAAAAAAAUGUUUUAGUUUUGUCCUUGUGUUAUCAAUGUGCUUGUGUAAUCUAAAUUACUGAUUUCCUAUGUUCUAUUUUUUCCAAGACCGUGUAUGGCGGACUAACAAUGUUUAAAGUAGUUUUGCUCUUUAGGUGUACGUUGGGCCUAAUGUCUGUUCGUUCAACCUGAUAUUACACCGUUCAACGAUCGUCAUCGAUAAUGUUUGAGGGGGAACAUUUUUAAUACAAUUUACUCGAAAACUCUUUGCGCUGAUAAAUCGUCGUCGGUAAAAGAAUCACCCUGUAUAUAUUAUAGUUUUUUUUCCAACGCGUUAUUUGGUUGACGGCGGUAACAACUAUCAUCACGUGGACGCUUUAUCAUGAGUUUUUAUUUAUAUCUAAUGUAGGAAUUGGAUACUUUGCAGGCAAUACUUGAGGGUCUGCAGCGAAGGAAAUAUACUCACUGUAAUAAUAUACAGUUCUGACCGCAUCCUCGAUAAGAUACACACCACUGUUUCGGCAAUAAAUCAUCGUCGUCGUCGUCAUCAUCGUAUAUAGGUGGUACCUACUCGGGAAAUUCGACAGAAAAACAUUUAUUUUAUCGACGGAUAGGCGAAUGGGUGUACUCGUAUUAUAUAGGUACUUAUCGAUUACGGCCGUCAAUAUAUUAUAAGAGCGGUUUUCGAAUCCGAACAUACCCAUACCCAUGUACUCAUAUACUAUAAUACCGGGGCUGUAUUCGGGUGAAUCGCGUAUUACAUUAUGUUAUGUAGACUCGCAGGUAUAAUAGCUGUGUGUAUACACGUGUGGAAUAUUUUUUUUUCUCUCGUUCCCUCGACCACCCACGCAAAAUCGCUUUUAUCGAUAUUUAUCGUGGGUAUCAACCAGCUGUAUCCCGUGCAAGGUGCCCGUGCCUAUGCGUCUAUUAUGCGAAAACGUCUAUCUCUUUUCUCAGGGAUACUCCGCGGGGAUCCUUCACCCCGGUUUCACGUUAUGCGUAUAAUAUUUGUAAUAGCGAUGUCGUCCUUAAAUCAUAAAUAUUUAUUAUUACACAAUUACACACGUAUAAUAAUAACAACAACGAUUUAUUGAUUUUCGUCUACGUGAGUUUGAAUUAAAAUUCCAUCCACCGGCAUAAACAUAGUUUAUUGAAAGAUGCGCCGUGAUACGAUCGUCAUCAAACGGUGUCCUUAUUAUUAUUAUUAUUGCUUGUUAUUUUCGAACGUGUCUCCGCGAUAAUAGGUAUUUGAAUGACGUUUACACGAUAUGUGUAUUAGUCGAAGGGAUAAAUGGGUACGCAGUUGUAGAUAUAUUUCAGAACCCUUUUAUACCGGUAUAAUAAUAUAAUAACACAAUCGCUACAGACAUGCCCGUCUAGUGCCCGUAGUCAGUAUGUUAUUAAAACAAGAUGGAAAAAUUGCUUAUUUUGCAGCACACACCUAUUUUGGCUCUCACGUUUAGGUCUAAUGAAAUAUAAGUACCUAUAUAGGUACUUCGGACAUUUCUGUUUUCCCAUAUAAACACGCUCCUCGAAUAAUCCUAGGAGAAUCUCGAAUCGCUCUACGGGUCGACUCGAACGUUUUAUAAUAUAAUACUAUGCACGCUGAUAUACGCGGUUCAAAUGGUUAAAUAUCUUCUAGUUCAUUUGAUUUUGUUCUUCUUGUUUCGAAUUUCAAGCGAAACAUCCUUUCCGAAAGAAAAUGCUAUCCAGUUGGUGCAUCGGGAAGUUUUUUUUUAAAAAAUCGUUCUCGGAGUUUUCUUAUAGUAACUAAGAAACCGGGAAAAUUUACGACAGUAACGUUUUCAUUUUUUUCGCUUUUGUUCUUUUAUUAUUAUUAGAUAAAAAAUAAUCAAAAGAACGGAAUUCGUUAUAGUUAAAGUUUAAUUUCUUGACAAAAUACUUGUAAUAGCUUUCUCUAGAAGUCGUAAAACUUUGUAAACAUUCUGGCCAUUUUUUAAUUAUUUAUAUGUAUUUGACCUUUUUGGGAUUUUAGUUUUUAUUUCGUUUUACGUGGAUAAAACUGUUUGGGUGAACUUUGGUUUGGUUUUAUUAAAAAUUUAAUACAAGGUUCAUUAUAUAAGUUGAGCGUAAUGAAAAUUUUUUUUUUAUAAGCGUUUAAGUUUAAAUGUCGACGAAAAUAAGAAAAAUUACGGCAAUUCAAAACAUGUAAAAUUGAAUUUCGCUUAAAAACUUAUUUCGUUAACAAUAAUUUUUCGUCGCGUACAAAUAUAAAUUAAAUAGCUUUAUGCAUUUUAUCAUCUUAACUUCCUAUCUAAAACAUGGCACACCCAUGAGCAGUAUCGGCUCUUUUUCGUCUAUUGUUCGUGUACAUUAAUUAUUAUACACAACUCAUCGUUUGGUCAUUAUUAUUCACAGCAACCGAGCUUCGCGAAAAUAUAUAGAUAUUCGUUUGAAAAUUCGUGGAAUGGAGUGCCUAUGAUUAUAAUAUUAUUUCUGUGACAAAAUACGGCGAAAAUCAUUAUAGUCGACCUCGACGGGGUAAAUAAGGAACGUGCCACACGAACUAUACACUAAUACUUAAUAUGCUCAUAUAUAUUAUAAUAGCGGCAAUGAUUUGCGAUUUUUUUUUUUUUUCACGAGCCCUAUCGUUAGUCUGUUGUUAUUAGCAAAAUCCGGGAUAUAAACUCACUUCUGUUGGCACGAUCAGGGAAGGUCUGAGGGUUACAUUAGUCCCUCCUUCCACCAUUGUUCGUAUUAAAUAUAAACAAAAUAUACAAACUAUUCAGCAUUGAAAAUGUAUUACUGAUAGAAAUAUAAGCAUUGUACGUUUAUACUACUUAUUCAACUAUAUACAAAUAAUUGUACUACUUACGUAAUUAUGUAUUUUGUAAAACAUUUUUUUUUUUUUAGUCAAAUUUGUUUAGUUAAGUUUUCCCCGCUCCCAUUUAAAAUGUCUGGAUAUACCGCUGCUCACUUUUCCCCGGUUGCUAACAAAAACAAAAUAAAACAGUUGACAAACAAGAUCCAGUUAAAUCAACUUCAAAACAUAAACAUUCUUGUGCUAACGCCAAACUAGAUACUGCCCCAAGGAAGAAUGUCUGCUAAGUGUAAUUCUAGUGUAAUUUAAAUCAGUGGUUGAAAAACCACGUCGGGUGUAAAUAAAGAUAGUAGUAAAAGGUAAGAGUUACUUCGGGUCAGUCACAUUUUAAAUUUCUGCCAACCAAGGUGUUGGCAACGGACGAUAUAUUACCAAUGACAACCAAUUGAUAUCGAACUUACUACUCUUUGACGCUCCGGUGGCGCGCAAUUUAAACAGUCCGAGAACUUUUUGAUCGUACUAUAUCUUUAAUAAAGAAAAGACGGAACGCAAAAUAUUAGCCGAGAAACCAAUAAUAUUCUUUGUCUUCCGCAAGAUCUAAUAAACAUUUGGCGAAAAUUCGUGAUCCGCGUCAUUUACUGUAGAAAAGGUCGAGAAAAAAGAAUCCUCAGGAGUUUAUAUUAUUAUCGGGGUUAUAUAACAGCGAUGGCUACGCUCACACACACACACACGAAUUUAUUUGGUCGAGAGAUUUCAAAAAAGGCGUUUCGUUUGAUUUAUUGGUUUGAAAACUAAGAAAUUGUCUUAUAAAGUCACGGCUAUUCUCGAAACUUACCACCGUGUAUAAGCAUUCAAUCUAGCUUAAACCCGAGUCUUUUCUUUUCUUCCGCCGUCGCGCCUUUAAAGAUGCUUUAACGUUUUGUUUGUGUAUAAACCUAAUGCGGACUCUUGGAUCCCGUUCAAAUAUUUAUCAGCGGACCUUUUUUUUUUCCGCGCGUCCUUUAUUCUAGUUUUUGUUAAAGUUUUUCCUCUAUAUAAUGUCCUAUAAACACGUCGGAUGGAUUUGCGAAGGUUUCUAUACAUAAUAUUAUUAUUCUUAUUUAAAAAUAAGAUUUCCAAAAUGUAUUUUUCUAUCCAACACUGCAGUUAAUUUUUCCCUUAAUAUUGAAAACUGUUAUUGGUGAAAAACACUUCCACCGUCGUUGAUGGGUUUUUUUUUUUUUUUUAGGUUUGUAUUACGGCUCGCCACAGAUUUGCUCGCAAAAUAACUAUCGGAGAUGACAAUUUAUUAAUACGAUAUUGGCUGUAGUGAAUUUACGAUACUGCCGUUUACUAUUGCCGUGCGUUUAAUCUAAAUUAUUAUUCGUAAAUCGCUAUACGUAAUAUAGCUAGGGAUUUAAACGGUCCGUAAAUCGUUCACCGUAUAUAGAAGUCAGUUUUCGAUUCUCCGUGUAUACACAAACGAGCAGUACUCUCUUCACUCGCGACAACGGAUACACCGCAAAUCGAUUUAAAUGAUAGAAGAGAGUCUAUUGGUGUCCUACAGUGGGACGUUAUGCGUGGUAUUUUAUAUCAGUUCUGUACAAUUUCUUGGUAAAAAAAAUAUCGUUAUCUGCUACUGCUGUUUUAAAAAUUAUAAUAUCUUUCAUACGUCAGUCGCCGUUGAUUGAGUAGAAUAUUAUCUGCAAAGUUUUUACGGAUACACAGAAAAUUGUUUCUAUAUACAUGAAUUUAAAUGUCGGAACGCAACAUAUUCUAUAAGUUCAUAUAUAGGUCAACCUAGCUUGAGGAACUGCUUACUAAAUUGCAAGCUCUCCUAGAAAAAAUGGGAGCGCGUACGUGAAUUGGUGAAUUACAUGACCGGAAGUCAGGAACUGUAUUCGGAAGAAUAUUUCUGAGGAAAGCGUACAUUAAACAAUAAAAUAAAAUAUCGAAAUCGUACUAUUCAGGAAUUGUUGUUAUCAAAUCGGUACUAUAAAUUAUUAUCAUACUAUUAUGCAGUGCCCUGGUAUCCGUCAUUAGUAAAUAUAAGAGAUUAAAUAAAAUUGUAUUGCGCUAUAAAUAUUUAACGAUGAACUAUGUAUCACAUGUUUAAGAAUUAUUACGAAACUAAUAAUAUCGUGAGUUUUCAAACUCGAAAUGUUUUUUCACAGUAUUCAAAUUAAUGGCUCUUGCAAAGUUUUGCGAUUAAACAUUUGCAGAAUACAUUCAAUCCGACCUAUCCCUUUUGAACCGUCAUGUCAAACUAUAAAUGUAUUAGUUUGAAUUAAAUACUACAAUAAAUAACGAGUUUUUUUUUUAUAUAUAUUUAUUCUUCCGGUUUUGUCCCGCGCGAUGACGAAGCCAUACAAAAAGGUCGAAGGCUCUCGAUAUAAAUUCUAACUUCUUCGAUUCGUACAGGUAUUUCAAUGUUUUAAUUGCUGGCCACAAUGUGAAAUUUAAAACGUAUAAAUCGGUUAAAUGGUUUAACACGAUUCGACCUAAUUUCGUCUGUAUUAACAUAACUUAACGAUUUAAAAUGGACCGUGAAGUUGUCAAUCCUUCCGAAUCCGGUACACACACCACGAUCUUCGACGAGAAAAUGGCGCCGAAUCCCCCCCCCGGGUUCGAGCCACUACCGCAGAGCUAAAAAAAACGCGCGCGCUCGUUUUUCACAAAUAAUUCGAUUAUCAAUCCCGCGUGUACAUAAACCUAACCUAACCUACAACGAUUUAUAACAUAAAAUUAAUAUUAUAAUAUGCUCGCAGACAUUGUGUGUGCGUGGGCGCAUUAUCAUACGGCUGCGACGACGUGUAUAUAAAAUGCGUAUUAUAUUGUUAUGCGAGCCCGUCGCCGCCGUCGGUCGGUCGGUUUAGGUUCCUCGCGUAUUAUUUUCGCGCAGUCAUUUUUCAUCCGACCGCCAUAAAUCAUUUCGACGUCGUUGUCGUGCGCUGCGGCGCUGUUGCUCAGCGCGAUCGUGCGGUCGUGUACAGUAUAGGUACGAGGGGGGGUUUUUUUUUUUCAUCCGAAUAAUAUUAUCGAGGGAAGCGAAAAAAGAGGGAAAAAACAUUUAUUAUUUUAUUCCGCUCGGGCCCGAAAAACGAUGACAAACAUUUGAACGCGUGGAUUUGCACCGUUGUUAUAAUAAUAAUAAUAUAAAAAAUAGGCGUUCUUAUAGGUGUAUUUUAGAUACAUAUAUUAUGUACAAUAAUAUCGCGAGAUUUUAACGUGCGGCGUUUUUUUUUUUUUUUGACCCGCACGGAGGCGAAAACGUUCAAAGAGUUUUAAGUUCCUGUCGUAAUUUUUUGAUCGAUUCCGACUUGAUGAAAGACAAAAACCGCCCGUGAGCAGCACAGCUCCAUCGCUAGAAUCAAAUUAUUCCUCUGCAGCCGUCUUGUCGUCGUUAUUUAUUUCCAGUAGUUCUUAUAGCUGGGCGUUUGAAACCCGCGGUAUUUCCUGUAAAAACGCAGAACUUUGGUAUAAAAAUGGUAGGGGCGGGGUUUGAAAUUUGAAACCCUUAAAAGGCGCAUUCUUGAUUUUAACGUCGUGCAUAUAAAAAUAGUACGAAAGUUCCUAAAAAAGGUUUUUUUUUUAUUAGAGUUAAUUUUCUGAUGGAAGAGACACUAGACCAAAAAAAAAAAAAAAAUUUCGCGGUUUUGCUGGGUAGCCGAAUAUAUGUAUAACAGAUACAAUACAGUGUAAUAGUCUUUUUUUUCCGGGAAAAUACGUUUAAAAAAAUCUAGACUUAUCAGGCUCUCGUGAGCAUUAUAUAGAUUUAUAACUUUUUAAUUUCAUGAUUGAACGCGAAACGCAGUUUCGAUGUGAACGUAUAGGUAUAAAAAUAUAAUUUCUAUUCUGCGACGAUUACGUUACAAUACUAAACGUUUACAAAUCUAUUCAAGUUCAAUAAAAACAGUUUGAACAGUUUUAAAAAAAAAAACCAGCAAAAAAACAUCAAAUACAAGUUUAAUUUUUAUUAUCCGUGCACACGAAACGAUGUUUUUCUUAUCGUUUUUGUCAACUAAAAAAAAUAAAAUUAAUUUUUUAUUCGAAUUUUGGGAUCUUGUAUGAAAAUAUAAAUUACGUAAAAUAUACAUGAAAAUAUUGAAUUCAUUCGCUUAACCGUUGUACAUAUUUUAAAAAUUGAUAUUUUUUUGAACUCAACGAAUCAAAUUAUAUAUCUAUGCUACACGCUGAAAUGUGUAUUAUUACCUAUACCUACUGUUUUUCGUAUUAUAUUACCGUUAUUAUAUCCUUGUACCUAUAUUUAAAUAAUAUUAUGUAUUCCGUAACGAAGACGGUAUUCGUUUUACAAAGAUGUUUUUUUUUUUUUUUUAUCACAUUAUCAAUAAUUACAUUUUUUCACGUAGUACCUUAACAUAUGCAAUAUUUCUGUACGAAAUAUUCUUCACAGUUCGCCUCCUGUGUUCUCUGUUAAUUUUAAUUGAUAUACGGGUCACCUUUUAGCAAUAUGGAAAAAACUACGAAUAGAAUCGUUUUUUCGUAUGCAAUGAUUAAUCGUUGCAUACAGUACACAAAAUAAAUUACCCCGUAUAAUAUAUCUUACUUUCUCAACUACCCACUUUUACGGCCUGCCCGUGAGCAGUAUAAACUUUUAUACUAUUGACAUUAUAAAGAAUAGUCGUGUGACGUUGGAUAUUUGAAAUGUCGAAUAUCGACUUUGUCACUUCCCUCCCUUAUAAAAUAUAUCCACUUCGAGCCGUUCUUAUUUUAAUAGUAAUUUAAACUUCUGAUCGUUUAAAUUAUAUAUUAUAUAAGUACCGAAAACUGUGGAAGAUAGGACUUUUAUUUUUUUUUUUUUUAUUUAUCUUUUUUUUUGUAACCCUAUCACGUAUGACUUGAGAUUGAUUGUCGAUUUUUCACACGAAAAAAAUGUGAAAUACAUAUUUCUAACGAGCGACAGAGUCGAGGUACACGUUAGUAUAGUUAGCAAAGUUUACGCACAAUAAUUUGCGGUAAUGUAACGGCAUUUGUCAUGUCGAGUCAAAAACAGCAAAGAUGUGUGUUGGAAAAAAAAAUAUAUAUAUAUAUAUAUAUAUUUUUUUUUUUUUUUUGUAAAAGUAGCUUUUGCACGUAUAUAUAUAUAUAUAUAAACCUACCUAAUGUGACUCGGGCAAACGCGGUCUGAAAUAAAUAAUAGAUCGUAAUAAUAUCGUUUGUAACCGUAGCAGUGUAUAAUAUAUAUUAUGAUAUUACAACCCAUCCGAAAUGAUUGAAGAUGGCAGACACGUCAGUAUAUAAGUACUGCUAUCUAAACCCAAAAUUAUCGUAAGCGCUUUGGAUUUGAACCGUAUUGAGGGUCCCGGUGCCGCGUACUAUACCGUUCCCUACUAGAAACGAGCCGCAGAUUCAAUUAUGCCAUUCGAUUCAACACAUGUUCCGGUGGUGUCUGAAUGGAUUAACUCGGGUUCCAUAUUAUAAUCGGUUUAAUAUUCACACUGCAAUCGAAUCGGAAGAUAUAUAGGUCAUAGAUCAAAGUUUUUGCGUUUUUUUCCGCUUUAUCUAAAUCUAUCGUUAUUUUUCAUUGACUUUAUAAUAGGUCUUUAGAAAAUGUCAGUUUUGAACUUGAUUUCGCCACUAUAUUUUAUCGCCUGAAGUCGAAUGCAAAAUCGGUGUUCAAUACGACCUGUAAAAUGUUGCUGUUUAUCGAUUAAAAAUAUUUAUAUACGAUUGAAAAAUAUUAUGUGGACAAUCAUUUUUUCGAAGUCAUUUUCGUCCGUAAAAACGGCCAUACCCAUCUUCUCUAAACAGGUGUCGGACAGUAAAUUAAUGGACAAAUUGUAUAUUUAAGGCGGUCAUUGGACACAAUUGAAUGUAUUUUGGAAAACCGGGAUCGGGCCCUAAAUACAAUCUUAAAUUUGUAUUAGUUUUGAUUUCAUUACGAAAAUAUAUCAUCAUGAUAUUUCUUUGGCGGCAGAGAAACAGGUUUAAGUAAAUCGUUGAGAACAGUGGAAAUUUAAUUAAAUUUCUUCUCUUUUUAGAUUUUUAGUGUUGUGUUGUUUAAAUUGGUAGGUAAUCUCUUUUACUCAUGAUUAAUGUUUUGGGCUUUUAGUUAUUAAUAAAAAAAAAAAAAUAAAAGAAUAAAUAAAAAAAAAAAAAUUACUGAGCGUUGUUUACCACAUUAUUCAUUAUAUAUUAAAAAGCCAAGAACAAUUAAUUAAUUAGUUUAUUGUUUACUACGGGAAUAUCUAUUUUAUAAAUGUAUUGUUUUUAUAUUGUGUGUAUAAUAUGGUAAAAAACUAAAGCGAACCACAGCGAACAAAAUACAAACAUGGACCAUUUUAAUUAUUCUAUAAUUGAACGUAAUAAUUUAUAAAUUGGUUUUUUUCGGAUGUAUCGGAUAUCACGUGCAUUGUUAUUGUGGUGAAAUUCCCAUUUGUUUAAAAAUACAACAGCUAUGAAUAAUUAACCGGUCGUUUGAUCUUGAAAUGUAUGUAUUUCAGCCAAGUGGCAAGUUACGCGGUAAUAAUGUUUGGUUUUUUUGAAUAAAAAUAAUUGUUUUUUUUUUUUGAUAAGACAUUUACAAAUUCUCACUUUUGGGUUAGGUAUUCUCUUUAAUACAUUCCCUUCUCUCCGUUGUAAAUUCUUGGCAUGCCACGUUAAAAAAAGUUGCUUUUAACCCAAAUAACUGAAAACUGAGGAAAUAAUCUCGAAAAUCCCCCGUGUACAUAGUUACAAGUGUAUAGAAAUUUUGAAAAUGUAGAAAACUAUAUAACAUCAUCGGGGUAAUUUCUUCAACGUCUACUUACCGGUUUUGUUCAACAACAAAAUCAUUCCAUCAGCAAACGAAAUCAAGUACCUACGGUAAACGUUUCAUAUAGAGCUCGCAUCUAAAAAAAAAACAAAAUCUGUAAAUCCAAACUGCACUUUCUUAGACUCCCCCUCUCUUAAAAUCAACGAAUACGCUAACAAUAUACAUCCCAAUCUUCCCGGUCUGGUUCUACGGCACUAAAGUAUGGGGGAUACAAAGUCGCCCAACACCAGAACCAUUCAAGCUAAACGCAUAUGUUCUAAAAUUAUUUUUGUCAAGUGGCUCUGUUAAGAGAUUUCCUAUUCCUAUCACUAUUUUUAUUUUGUGAAAUUAGUCAUUAGACUAACCUAUUUUACUAAUGCAUGUUGUGUAGAUAAUAAAUACAUUUUAUUUUCAAAAAACAAUUUAAAUAGGAAAAACGUCCGUUUUAAAAAUUAGCGGAAAAAGAACAACCGAGCACUCGUAUUUUAUUUGCGAUGAUUUAUUGCCGUUGCGUUUGGGAUUUUUCGUUUUUUAAAUUACUUUCGCGUAAAAAUAACACAGACAAACAUGGUAAUUUUAUCACAUGUUAUAAUAUGUUUAAACGGUUGGACUGCAUAACCUAUACAGUUUAUAUACGCACACACACACACACACACACAUAUAUAUAUAUAAGUCACUAAGUCAUAUAUAUUACUAUUACGUGUGCUAUGUAUAUGCGCACACACCUAUGCAUUAUUAUACACGUGUAUAAUAUAUUAAUUCCUGUAACUGGUUAAACGGACAUUUUAGGCGCUUUUAUAAUUACGCUAAAAUGCGAGGCUAUACAGUAAUUUUUUAUGCGGGUUAAAUGGUUUUUUCUUCAUUUGAUUCCAUUAAACAAGGCUAUACUCUGGUUAUGUGUUAGCUAUUACAUAUAUAUAUAUAUAUAUAUAUAUAUACAUACAUAUAGUCAUAUAUUCGUUAUUACUGCAGUUAAAAUAAUGAACGUUAUUAACGAGUUAAUAAUUAUUAACGCGCGUUUCUGCAUUUUGUUUUCAGUAUCCGCCAAAGUCGCACGAUGAAAUCAAACGCGAUUUGGAAAACGUCAGUCAAGGUGCCGCGAAUAUAAUUUUGAAAUUGUUAGAAACAAAUCCGCAGUGCAGAUUGAAAUCGCUACAUCAAAUCAAAAAACAACCGUUUUUUUACGGUUUCGACUUCGCAGACGUCAUGCUAAAAAAGGUUAAUAAUAGACAUAAAUUAUAUUGUAAUUUCUUUAAUUAGUCGCCAUGUACGUAAUUACCCACCUAGUAAACUAUUGUUUCCAGUAUAAGCCGAACGAAAUGUUAAAAAAACUACUAGGCGAAACGAAAAGAAGCAGUCACCCGCUGCAUCAAGAAUUACCUCGUUUUGAAGAAUUCGAAGACUUUUAAUUAUAAUUCACCAUUGUAACACCUAAUUUUAAAAUUAAAAUUUAAUAUAUUGUAAAAAUAAUAAUUGAUAGAAGCUAUAUUGUGAUUUACGAUGACUCAAGGACUUGUCUUUCUGGAGAAAGUUUUGUUAUUUUUUUGAUUUUAUUUUAUUUAUAUUAUAAUACAUAAGUAUACCUAUAUAUUACAAAAUGUAUUCGACUAUAUAUUAUAUGUUUUUUUUAUAAAAUCGUAUAUAUUUUUAAUUUUUAAAUGCGAAAUAAAACAGCAGAGU